CACACACAGACAGACAGCUCCUCCAUAGCGGGUAAUGAACAGAGCAAAUGAGGUGCGCCUGGUGCUUUGCAAGAUUCUCUUGGCUUUUUGUUGUUUUUUUGUUUUGUCUUUACUUAUUGGGGAGGGGGGAGGAGUGGCACACCCUAAAUGUGGGGGCACCAAGCCCUGUUAGAAAGUGACUCUUUAGAACAGCUGCCAUUCACAGAGGACAGACUCCUCUCCAUGGCUUGGUGUUUGUGUGUGUCUGUGCGUGGUGUCUGUGUGUGUGUCUGUGUGGAAGGAGCAUUUGCUCUGGAGUGUAAUUUAGGGAAAGCGUCAGGAAGGGAUUAGGUUUUCCUCUGCUGUGGAUCUGAUGUCUGAGAAGACAUAUUCUGGAUCCAAGCAUGUGAUGUUGGAAAGUGAAGAAGACUGCAUGCUGGCUAUUAGGUGGAGUUUGCCGUCUGCGCCACUUGUUUUUAGUGGUAGGCGAGUGUAGGCAGGGAUCGAGCACUGCAGCUCUCAGCAGGCUCAGCCAGCUAAAGGCUGGGAGUUGGAGUCCCUCCUCAGGUUGAUAGAUAGCAGCCGCAGGAUGCUCAGUGUUUCAGAUUGGCUUACAGAAUAACUUGGGAGACAAUUCCCCCACUCCACUGUGGGCUGGAAUGAUAUUGACUUUAUUUUCUUAAUUAUAGGCAGCAUCAUUAACACCCAAAGCUACUUUUGGGAAGCAGAGGCAUUGGUCAUUCCAAGAUUUAUUUUUCAUUUUCCUUUCUUUUCUUCAUUUAAAAAAAACAAAACAAACCCCUCUUUGUGAUUGUCAGACCUGACAAUCUUCCAAGAGGUUCUGCAGCAUCUGUGGUUAUGUUUAAGUUUAGGAGUCUGUAUGACUAUCCCAGCCUAAAACUGCCUGUGAGUGUCCUAUAGUUUUGGCUUUCUAGAGAGGAUGGAUGCAGCCCCCCCACCCUCCCAGGGGAGUGUAUAUUCCCCCGACCCCCCCUGUGAUUUUCGAUGACUGGAUUGCUAGGACUGGGGCUAACUUGUUAAUAUGCCACAGAGCAGCGCUGCUCUCUUUCUGAGCUGGGAGAGGUUUGACGCCUGCAGUAUGACACAGACAGUCCAAGGCUUGGGGACAUGUCUGUUCCAGUGUUCGCCGUGUGCUCGUACGAGCCUCUCACUGCUUGCCGACUGCGUUUUUGUCUGUAGAAGCAACGUUUGUGAAUACGCACAGUGAACGUAAUUAACAUCCCCCAAAUAGCUUGUCCCUGUUUGAUAUAUUUCGUUGCUGGCUACAGCAAGGGUUUUUACAAAAAUCUGUUUUUCUUUCAUCAUUUACUUGUGGUGGAGAAUGCUGUUACAAUUAAAAUUACGUUUUUCAGGUGUAACAUAUAUUUAUAUUGUGUCUUUAAGUUGCCUGCUUAUACAAUGGGUAAAUGCCACAUAUAGAUGUUUAGUUGCCAAGAUUUAGGUGCAUUUUCGUGAUGUGACUGAGGUCAUUUCGGAUAAGUAUUCGUAUUUGACCUAUGCUUUGUGCGCCAAAGUCUGGCUCGCGUGUGACAUUUGCACGGAGACCUUUUUAGUGCACGUUGUGAGGUUCAUUCACUGAACACCGAAUUGUCGUGUGUUUAAAAAAAAAACUGCGAAACGAAGGGCCAGUAUAGUUGAUUUGGAAAAAUUCUCACCGCUAUAGACACUGCUUAUUUUGUAAAUCCAUCUCAGUUCAAUACAGUUUGGAGUUUAGUUAAUAAAUCCCUGCGCUGUUUGCAAAUGAAAUCCAGCAGCCAAUCAGCAGCUACCAUUCGCAAUCACCCCUCCCACAAGGGCCGCCGCGUGGCCAGGAUAGGGGACAUGAAUUUAUAUUAUGGGGGAGAUUUAUCAAGGCAAAAAAAGGUGCAAAGUGCUAACUGUUCAGAGACAUUCUGUUGGUUUCCGUGGUGACUGCUCUUUACUUGGCAAUUUGCCUCAGAAGAGCACCUUUUGCCUUGCUAAAUCUCCCCCAAUAUGUCUUGUGGUAUAUGUAGGCACUUCAAGUUUCAAACAAUAACAAGUGGUGAUUUUACAGUAAAAAGAUACAUUAUUAGUAGCACUAUUCGACGUGUUUACUAAUGAGAGAUUAGCCGUCAUGCUUGUGUUAUCGUACGUGGUCACAAAGACGCUGACACAAGUCCCCUCCAGGCGUAUGCUCAUCCCACGAAUGCCAUGUUCAGAAUUUUGGUCGAAUUAGUUUAAAGAAACACUGCGGGCUCCAUAACAACUUCAUAAACUCCUCACACCAGAACAACUUUUUUCCGAUGGUGCAAGGAGGUCAUGGCACUGGCUUACCUUCUGGGGUUAAACUGCUAACAAACGGUGAAAACCCAAAGUCUUCAGUCCAGCACCCGGACAGGACCCUGCUGACUCUUUUGGCCUACCAGUAGCUCCUCAUUCACAAAACAGAGGGAAAAAAAUGUGUGUUGUGUUUGGCCAUCCACUACCAGAAGAAAAUAUUGUUUCCAUUGCUGUUCUCUCAAUUUUGACAGUGUCUCCCCCUUCUGCUGCCAUUCAGGUACUGGGAUACCUAAUAGCUUUAUUGUAUUACAACCGAUCUAGGUCAAUUUUAAUUGGAACCCGUGAGCUGACCUCUCCUGACCAAGGUAUCCCUGGCAAAAAAUAUUUUUCUAAUGUUAGGUUUUUGUCUUCCAGUGUGUCUGCCUAUAUUAUUAUUAUUAAUAAUAUAAACAUUUAAAAAUCUAAAUCCAUAGCCAUGUAUGUAAAUUUAAAAUGCCUUUUAUUAUUGCGACCCCAAGUGACCUGGCAAUGUUUCUACCCUUUUUUCGAGUCCAUGUGAAGACUUUACAAAGCCAUGAUAGGGUCGCUUCUUUUGGCUAUUAUAAAAGGAGUUUUUACAUUUAUGAAGAAGGCUACGGAUUUAGCUUUUUACAUUUCUGGGAUUUGAAAGAUGAAGAUUCUUAACCAUGUGCGUGUCUGUGCAUAAUUCUUUAAUUAUUACGUUGACUGGUGUAUAAACUGCUUUAACACUCCUCUUGGUAAAUACCCACCUGUAAAUGAUCUUGGCUACCGGGAUCCCUACUGACAGACAACGCCGGUUUUUGUGACUCUAUAUAUCCUACUGCUCACGGACAGAAAUAGUACAGGGAAAUGCUGAACGGACUCGGGUUUACAUACAAGAGAGCAUGUUUAGUUAUAUCUGCUGUGCAAAUAUUUAAACAGUAUAACAACCGCUUCAGGAGCCUUGUAUACGCCUGCCCGACACAUUCACACAUAUUAAACAUUUGCAAGUAACUGGUUUCUGCACAUUGUCGUCUCCAGCUGUGAAAAUUUUAACAAUGCUCCCUGCAGUCAGACAGCCCAGUCUCACUGAGUUAUAAUUUUUUUUAAAAAAAUUUUUUAAGCCAAGACAGGUACAUACCUGCCAUCGUAAUGUCAUAAGGAGGAUCCAACGUUGCUUUUGAAGAAGAACCAUAUGCCCGAGAUUCUACACACUGUGCAAUUUAUUUCUGGAUUUUUACAAUGAUGGCCUAGAGAAAGGCAUCACUCCCUUCAGCCCACCUGUUUGUUUUUCCUUGGCACAGAUAACUGAUGUUUAAUACAGCGCAGAGUGACUCUUCCCUUUCACUGAAAGAAAAGAUUAACACGUAUGUGAGUACCGAAUGUAGCACAGGUUCCCUUUUUAACCAUGUGCUCUCUCUCUCUCCGUUUGGAUCUACUAUUAGUAGGUGUACGAUAAUUGGGGAAAGCACAACUCCCAAGUGUGCAGUACUCCACAAAAAGUCCUGUUUGUUGACCUGUGUUCUUCAGCCCGCCACGUUUUCUCUCCCCUUUGCUUCUUCUGAAAACCUGAGCAAAAUAUAAAGAAUAUGUUUGGAUUAUUAUGCAUAUGUGCAGCCAGUUUAAACCAUGAAUAAUACACGGGUGUUUGGAAAAUAAUUGGCCAGCUCUACAUAUCAGUUUGGCUAUGUAAAUGUGCAUGGCAGUAAUCACCCCCCCCACACCUCCCCAAACACCUUGUCACUCAACGGUUGAUUUAAAAGUUAUUUUUUCACAGUGUUAUGUCUGAAUCUCUAUAGGUUUAAUUUUUGUAUUUUAUAUGUUUAAUUAAGAGCUUUAACGUUUCAGUUUUUAUGCUGAAAGGAGUUUGACCAACCACAUAAUUUGGGGAAUGGCAAAGUGGUAGCUUGACGUUUGCUCCUGGUCUUUACUCAAAAUACAGGAAGGAAUUGGGGCCACAUUCAAAAAUGUGGAAUUAUACAGUAGCGAGAGUGUAAUUAUUAUUCUAGGGGAGUCCGUUGGUAGCAAUCUUAUUAUUAACACAGUUUAGGUGAUUCUACACCAGUGUAAGUCUAACCUCAAGAUCUUCCACCCUCCUGGCUUUCUAUAUCACUGCUUUCCUGCUUACCAUCUCCUAAUUGAUGUCCAAUCACUAUCUGAAACAUAAACACUCUAAACCUGAACGGAUCAUCUCACUGCUUCCCAAUUCCUCCCCAUUGACAACCAGUCCUAGCAAGCAUUGUCUCCCCUUUCUGAUUCUGAUAUUCCAUCUCUUUACCGUGAUUUAAAAAAUAUAUAUAUUUUACUUAAGUUACGUCUAAAAUUUCAAUUCACUCCCCAUCCCGUGUUCUGAUUACUGAGCUAACUUCCAAAACUAUUCCAUCAGCUUAUUUUCUUCACCUUUCCUUCCCUUUCUACUGGUGACCUUCUGCCCCACUCUACUGCAAAGUCCUUCAACAGCUGUCCAUCCCAUCCAAGACUCAACUGUAAACUUCUUAUCAUGACAUACUAAUCUGUCUUUAACUCUGCUCCCUCUUAUGUCCCCCCCCCCAUCGCUUAAUACAUCUUUACUCUGUCUAAUCUUCUUGUAACCAAAUGUUCUCCAACACCUCAUGCACACUUCCAUUAUCUCGAUACCCCUUAUAUCGCUAGAACUUGUUGCCACAUAGCUCCACAUACCUUCCCUCAAGGUUUGUCGUUCCAAAGGUAAAUAUAAAAUCACUGAUCUAAUAUAGCUCUGGCCAGCCAAAAUUAUAUCAGAAAUAAUUAGAAAAUGGGCUUUUCGCCCCUGGCUACCUAGUAUCACAAUAGCUUCCAGCCACCACCUGAUCUGUAUUUUUGGGACAGUAGAAAACGUAUAAAUAUUGUUGACGAACUGAAACAAUUACAAUUUUCAUAAAAUGGUGUGGUUCAAACAGGUAGAGUUUUUAGUAUUGUGCUAGUAAAAUGUUGUAAAAAAAAUCUUAUCUUUAUUGGCUAACAUGACUUGGCGAUUUAGGACCACAUUGGAAAAACUCAAAAACAAAGUCUUUUAUACAGUCAAAAUUCCACAAUAUGUUUUCUUUCCAAAUUUGAACAUAAUUCUUCCAGUAAUGUUCUACGGGGUUCAGAAUAUCGGGGAACAUUUAGUUAAUAGGGUUUCCUAUUCCACACCUGAUUGUAUACAGUCCUUUUAGUGGUGUACAGUUUUGUCCUGUGGUGAUUUCAGUGGAUAUUCGUACUAAAUGUCAUUGGUCUUGUAGUGUGGGCUUGGGGGUAAAGUCCUGGAUAUUAUUUACAGUUGGUGAAGGGAGCAAAAGGAUGGACUUAUUUGACGUAAAUUGACAUGAAUACAAAUAAUUUAUUAGACAUCAAGAAAACUUGGCACAGUCACAUGCUUGGUUAGAUAAAAGUUGGCAUUUUUAUAAUUUUACAUCUUGUACAGAUUUCAUAGUGACUAUUUUUGUGUUUUCGUUAUUUUCCCACUACAUUGGGAACUUUGGUUAAUUGACAUGGGAUAUUCAAGUUUUAGACCGCAAUACUCAAAUUGGAUAGAGAACCCCAAUAAGCUGUUUUUUGUCAUAUUAUUUUUGGUAAAAAAAAUAGUUAUUUCUUUUUGAACUCUUCACAAUGUCUGGUUUAGUGAAUUAACCCCAAAGUACGUAGAACAAAAUCAUAUUUAAGAAAUGCUGCAGCUUCUGAAUGCCUACAAGUUACAUUUAAUGUGCUGCUAGUUUCAAAGUGUGUCCAGGGGUUUUAUUAUUUAUAACCCAACUUAAUGGUUCUCAGGUCCAUUGAGUUGUGUUUUCCUCCAUUUUGAGUUUGUGGCCUCAACUUCCUUUUGUUGUAGAGAUAUGGAAGGGGAUUUCAACCAUUUUGAGACUCAUAUGAUCUAGACGCCGUAUUUAUUAAUGCUCAUUGUACAACGCAUACCUUCCAACUUUGGCGUCCUGUCAAGCAGGACACUGGUGUUAAUCUCAUCACUGAUGCAGCCCAAAGGGGCAGACCUGCCCAGAAAGUAGGCAAAUCCGCCGCAACAAUCAACAGGUCAGCCUAGUGUGAAUGUGAGCCUGGCUGCCUGCCAACCAUAGAGGCAAGCCCACUGAGGGUGGGACAUGUGGGGAGCGCUCUUUCAAUGUUCUCUGUAGGGUCCUAGUCCCCUUAGCGUAGCGCAAGAGAGUCUAAUGAUGUGCUCAUGCUAUGCUUUUUUGGGGAUCAUUCCUUGAUACCUUCAAAAGCGGACCACCAGGGAACAGUCGUGAAGGUGGGACAGGACUCUCAAAUCAGCACUGCUUAGCUGGCAUAGCACUGUUCCUGUAUAUGCAAUGUGUGUGGCUGAGACUCUGUUGAUCCAAAAUGUCGCUUUUGUACUUUUCAUACCCUAAUGUGCUAAUAAAUUCUAUUUGUAGGCUAUUCAGAUGAUGCCAUCAUCUUUUUGUGGAUUAUGCUUUUUAUUCGAUUAGAGGAUUGAUGGCAUCCAGCCCACCUGACGCGAGCACCCUGAUCUUGGUCAAUUACAGCCAGUUACAUUUACAAUACUUACCAAUAGUCUUGAUUUGGUAAGAAAGUCAUGAUUUUUGGUCCCUUACCACCAUCCGAGACUUUUCUCAGGACACCAAAAAAAUGUCUCCUUAGAGAGAAUCUAGAGUACCAAAAAUAACAAUGGUUAUAUUGGCACCCUUUUUGUAAUGUGCUCACUGUUCACCCCCUUUUCCCUGUAAAAAUGAAUCAAAAUAAAUAUUACUCACCUUAUUUCCACUUAUUUCUCUGCUGUAGCCUACUGUACCAUCACCUACAAUCUCGUCCAAUCCAGUGCUACUCACAGAAAUUGCGUUGGAGAGCGCAAAACGCUGUGUUUCUGCGUAACUGCAGCAUUUGACUGCAGAACAGUUUUACUCGGUUAUGGAGACAGUCCGUUGCUUUUGAUUUAUUUGAAGCAAGUAAUGUUUUUGAUCAAACCACCCUCGCUUUAACAAUAAAAAAAAAAACCAGCAUCCGACUAUCACAGCAGGUUUUGCAGAAGUCUUAAUAAUUAUCUUAAUUCAUGCUUUAACAAUGUAAACAUUUAUUUUAUAUCACUUAAUUUACGCUGGCUUUCACCCCUCUGCCAGAGGUAACGUCGGGCGUCCCAGAGACACAGUGAUUUAAAAAAAAAUUUUUUUUUAUGGCUCUGGGGUAAUUUUCAGAGACUACAGACAAUUAGAAAUUCAAUAGUCCCCUUCAAUGAGAAAGGCAAGGAAAUUAUCCUCACAGGAGGGAGGCUCAUACAUUACUAUUAGUGUGGUUUUUUUUUAAUUUAACUUUUUUGAAUAAGGGGUUUAUUCAUUAAACAGUAAAUUGUGAUGAAUUGAUGUGAAAAUGUUUAGGAUGAGACCCAGAUAACCUGGACACUGUAUCAUAAAUUUGCUAUUUGUUUUUUGUUUUUGUGACGUGUUAAUUUCUGAUCAAUGACUGCUCGCCUCUCCCUUAAAAACUUGGGGAGCACUUACUGGGUUUAGGAGAGCAGUGGAGGUUGGUAUAAAACACACUUACCUCUGCAGCACUCCAGGAUGUGGGAGAUUUGACAUUCCUUAGUACAAUGAUUUUGUAUAUAUUUGUAGAUUCUACAGAUUUAUAGGCGGCAGCUUCUGUUAAUGGGAACUUAUAGUCCUGAAAAUAAGUCUUUUUUGGUGAGACAAUAGGUUCCUUUCUAUCACUAUAACCACUGUCCACCGCCCUUUGCUGAUAAAAAAUAAAGUUGACUAAAGAUUACUCACCUCGUUUCGAGUGCCGAGACUCCUCUGCUGCAGAGGCUCAUACCUGCUGACGACUUCUGCGACCUUGUCUAAUCCAAUGCUUCUGAUGAGAAAAGCUACAUUUUGCAGCAAGACGGCAGGGUUUUACAUUGAAGUGUUACAAUUACAAGACCACUGAAGCCAGAUCACCUAUUAAAAUGAAGUGGCCAGGUGAAUCUAGUGGUUCUUUAAGGGCGUCUGCAUCUGUAUUUCUAGAUGAGAUCUAAAUAACCCCUAGUAAACGGCGUGGAAAGAGAUAGAAGCCUUUGUAAAUAUAUGGAUUUAUUCACUAAACUCAUAACUCUGGAUAAUCCAUAAGAGAACUAACACAUUAUAGACCAUAGCAGCCAAAUGGGCUAGUUAGAGACUUCUUCCAGUUCUGUUCCUUUAGACUAAAAUUUGCAUUUCCCCACUCUCUGUUCUCCAAAAUUUCUAGUUUAGUAAAAACCAAAAACGCCAAUAUGUUUGACUUUCGCAAAGAUCGUUGCUUCCCCAGCCUUGCCUCUGUAUGUUUAUGUUCCAUAGAAUUAAAGAUGAUAAGAAAUUUAGGCCAAGUGCGCUUCUAUACAACUCCUACUGGCCGAGAUGAAAGCCUAGCCAGCCAAUCGCUGUAUCCUGCAAACCUUUAAAUGUAGAAUACAAAGUAACGUUCGGUUUCCUGUCUAAUACUUCAAGAUUUGCGCAUUACCCCUGCCUUGAAAGAGUUGAACAGUCAGUGCUGCAGAUAUCUGUGGCAAGUGUCCGUCCACUAGGGGCCGGGGGGGGGGGUUAGCCCCAGGGCCGUCUUUAACGCGGGGCAAACGGGGCAGCUGCCAGUUACUCAGGGGGUCCCAAAGUAGCUGCUCCGUGGGCCCUACUGCCCUCUACUAUUUAUUUUUUCGCCCAUGGGCCCCCCGGUUCAGCCAGGGACACGCACACUAAGAAGGCCCACUGGGUAGCCCAUGCACUAACAGCCACCUGGUGGGCCUUUGUAAGCAGGAGCCUUGUCUCGCGCUGUAGCCCUUUAACAGCGCGACCGGCCCCAAACGUUUCGGCAGCGCUCGGAGGAAGUGACGGCCGCACCCCUAACUCACAACAGCCUCAGCCACCACUCUGGACACCAGGGAAGGCACCCUUCAAGGUUAGAAACGGGAGGUAGGUUAAAAGUGUAAAUUGUGUGUGUCAGUGUGUGUCAGUAUGUCUGUCUGUCAGGAUGUUUGUGCGUGUAUGUAUCAGUAUAUCUGUCAGUGAAUAUAUGUAUGUCAGUUUGUCUGUGUGUGUAUGUAUCAGUAUAUCUGUCAGUGUAUAUGUAUGUCUUGCACCUCUCUACUUUAGUUCCCCCACUGCGUCAGGGUGAAAUGUAUGAUUGCACGCCAGGGAGUGGCGGCUGGUGGGGGGGCAGAGUACAGGGGGCCCAAAAAAUGCUUUGCCCAGGGUCCUAUUAAUAUUAUAGAUGGCUCUGGUUAGCCCUGCAGGUUGCGGGCAAAGCAUCAUGGGAACUGUAGUUCUACAACAGCUGGUGAGCCACCUGUCGUCUGCCUCUGGUUUGUGUGGUGUGUUGGAGUUGACUCCAUCCUUCUACGAACUUCAGAUUCUUCCAAACUGUUUGAUGACAGCAAGCACUGUAACAGUGUAACAGUAAUUUGGACCUGAUCCAGAACCUCACUGCUUCCCCCCUCCUUCCCACUGGAGGAGUUAAACGCUCUCCCUGCCAGGUCUGCAGACUGUUUGGAAUAGUUUAAAUGCUUUGACACUGUGGACUGCAUGGCAGGCAAAGCAGUUUACAGUGUCAUUCAUAUGCAAAACUGCGCUAUAAAUUUCUAACCGGUCUCGGUUGCCGUGGCACCACUAAGCACUCCAUCAGCAUACAGUACAGUUCUGCUGCCAUCUUUGUUUGCAUUGCAAUGACUCAUCAGAAGUCUGUCUUGUACCAACACUGAGGAGCAUUCUUCUGUCACCGAUCUCCCUCUGCCUAAAACUGGCAUUUACUUCAAGUCUCUAAUCAAAGGGCUCUAUUCAUUGCUGAGAACAGGCUGAAUGUUAAUCUGCAUCCGGUCCAUUCAUUUACAUGCUUUGCACUGGCGUGGAGAUUUUGACUUGCUAAAAGCCUUUCCAAAAAAACAAAAAAAAAUACCGUCUCUUUUUGAUACGGUGUGCUUUUUUUUCCCCCAUACCUUUUCUUGCUUUUGUUUUGUUGUUGUUUAUAUAUAUAUAUAUUUUUUUUGUCUUCGUUUUGUUAAGGAACCAAAGAGGAUCGAUAGAAGGAUUUUCUCCGACCUUUACAAAUACUUGGGAUCAGUUCGAAUUGUUUUAUAUUUUAAAGGUACGUUGGCACUUGACGGACGACGCACAAGUUCACAGUUGCGAAGAGGUUUCUUUGCAGAUGCGACGGACAGAAUUCCCCCCCUCCCUUUCUCUCUGUCUGCAUGUGUGUCUGUAUCACCCUGUCUCACCUCUUUCAUUCUACUCAAGCUCACCGCCAACUGCAUAUAUUCCCUGACUCGACGCGUUCAGCACUUGAAAUUCUUUUUAUCCCCAGCACAAUAUGUUAUUUCACAGUCAUUUUCGGUGUCAAUCUUAACAGCUUUUCAUUUUGUUUAUUUAAUCGACGAUCCCCUGGGUUGUUCAAAGCAGAUCUGGUGGCAUCACCAAAAUGGUAAUGAGUUGGAUUUUUUUUAUUUUGCGCGUUUAUAUUGCAUUUAUUUAUUUUGUGUUAACUGGUUCUUUGCAUUAACCCCUGAUGUGUGGAAUUUGCUGGCGCUACAUAAAUAAAUAAUAAAAUAAUAAUUACAUCCCCGAUACCUGAGAGAAGAGGGCACCCCUCACUUUCACUUUUUAAUUUGAAAAAGAAAUAAGAGAAUUAAAAAGAAAUGCCUUGGUGCUAACCUUUUUAAUGGCUUAUAGAGUUGGGAUAUUGUCCUGGUAUAGCCUGCUGAAAAUAUAAUUUCAUGCAAAACCAUCACACGUCUGAGGAUAUUGGAGUUUUUUUGUUUUUUUUUCUCUAUGUGAGUUUUUUUUUUCUCAGUGUGAGUUUUUUCCUUCUAGUCUCUCUGCUGUAACCAUUGCUUUAGAGCCAGACAGUGUCAGGCUGGAGAAGGAAGGCGGGGGGGCGCAUGCAUUAAUGGGCUGGUGUCUGACUUGAGAAAGCAUCUAUGCACUUUGUCAACUCUUUUUCUUCCCCCCCUUUUUUUUUUUUUAAAUCUUCACGGAGUGAAGAUCAUAGAAGUCUCCCGAUAGAAGUACAGAGGUGCUCAUUUACCCCUCCCAGCGGGUAUUAAAAAUUUAGAAUGCACCGUUCGCAUUGCAGCAUGUUCUGUAAGCUGUAAUACCCAUUCAGAUCAUCUCAAACAGCAGCAGUGUGCCACAUAAAUCGACAGAUUCCACGCAAGUGAGGUUGGCUCUUGUCGUCCGUCCUGGCAAGCUUGACAUAUUUCUUUCAGAUGAAUUCUAUGAGUCGGGUCACUGGCCACAUUAGGGACGUUAUGCCCCCGUUACACAGUUAGAAUCAGUUUUUGGGGAAAUCUUAUUUUUGGGUGAUUCCAGGUUUUUUCUGCAAUCUAUUUGGCCGGACUACCUCAAUGCUGAUAGUUUGAAUUCUGCUUUUUCAAUCUGAAAGAUUCAGGAGGGAUCAUUGGCAAUAAAGUCGGAUUCAUGUGAGUAAAAUUCUGAUCUUUCUCUGGCUUUAUAUCACCCCCCUCCUUGCCACUUUUUAACCCCCUGUAGCACUCAAAGGGUGAGCAAAUCAUGUUCACCUCUUAUGGUACUGAUAGGGUUAAUGCUGUUUCCCAAUUUAAAUCUUUCAUUCCAGGAGAGCCAGUACUUCGAUAACCAGGCUUUCAAUGAAGGAGUUAAAGGCUGCUCUUUUUUGGCCGAUGAGAAAAAUGUUGAGUUCAUAAAUCAAAAGUUUAGUUUUUUUUGUAAUCUAUGCAAUUCUGUAAACAGUGAUCUCUAAAAUCACAACAUGUCUGGGUUAAAAACACCCCCCAAACAAUGUAGAAUGUGUUCUGAGUUGAGGGGGUAAGAACAUUUCGGGAGAUAUUUAAUUCCCAAAUGUUUAUUUGUGGUUUUUCUUUUCCUCUGUAUUUUGUGAGUACUGCUGGUGGGUAUGUCUCAUGGUAUUCGCCAAUCUGUUCAUGUGUUCGGGUGUCUGCCAAGAUAAUUUAACACAUGAUCGGGCACAGGGUAAUUGGCAAAUUAUUUUUCAUUUUUUGUUGGGGGUUGAGGGGGGCUAUAAGAGCUUUGGGACGUCCAGUUUUACAAAAGAUGUCCGUUUACUGGGACCUGUUUUUUCUUCAAUCAAAGAAGAUAAGUGGUGAUAUUUUUUUUUAAUAAUGCUCAUAUUUUUAUUAUCUGAAGUUAUCCUGUUUUUUUGUUUUUGUUUUUUUUAGUAUACCUCAAGUGCCAAUUAAAGUGCUCUUGUAAAAUCAUCACAUUAAAGACCUCAUUAAGAUAUCAGUCUGUGUUUACUGUAAACACCUAAAGCAUGGAUUGAAAGACGGAUCAAGAUAAUUUAACCCUCUGUCAACCACAGGGGCACCAAACCUUACAAACUUUGCUGUUCUAUCCAGGCUCCUCCUUGUUCUCUCUAAGCAGUACCUUUUUAAAAACCAUUUGUAACCCAUUAACUCCCAGAAAAGGGAUAAUUAGUAUUGGGGUUUUUUUGUUUUUUUUACUUUGUAAUUAGAAUGAUGGUUUCUCCACUUGCUUAGACAUGCAAUAUCACCCCCACCUUUAAAAUUCUAAAAGGGAGCAUUUUUAGAUUUUUAAAGAAAAUCCAACAUUUGAGCAAUUUGUUUUAUUUCAGCAGGCCCAGUGUAGAAUGUUUGUCGGGUCUCUUUCCCUGUUUUCAUACCCUGAACAAAGCCAAAGUAAGGUUCUUCCUCUGAUAAUUUUUAUAAAUUAGUUAUCAGGAAUUAUUUUUUUGGGGUGGGAUAGUCAGUGGCUUUCGGUACGUACCCGUGAUGGCCCACGAUAGUACACUUAACUACAUGGAGAAAAACUAAAUGGCGAUGGAAAGGAAUGGGCAGAGAAUUGUGGAAUUGCAGAAAUCUUACAAUGGAUGGAUUUGCCAACAUUUCCUCUGAAAUGCCUUCUUCGGGACUGAGCAUAACUUUGGAGAAGAAAUCUUUGUCUUGCCCAAAACCUUUGCUCUUUUUUUUGGUUUUAUUUUUGGUUUGGACAUUUUGACCACCUUACCGGCCUGAAAACAUUUAUUUUCUUAAUGCUGGUCUGCAGUACAAAAUUUCCUUUUGACGUUUUAAGUGGAACUACACUUUAUUUCUUUAGUUUUAAAAGUCUAAGAAACCCCUACUGAUAAGUCCGAAGUAUGAAAACAUCUACGAUAUGGAGACAUGAUCUCAGGCACAUGAUUCCAAAUCAACUUUGUAAUCCCAGACGUGUGAUGAUAACCUCGAAGUCAAACAUCCAGAGAUUUAUUUAUAUAAAUAGUGUGGGCAGGAGAUCAUAAGUGAGCUUUUUCCCAAAUCAGCUUUUUUUAGACUAAUUUUGUUGUCAGUUAUUCACUGGGAAUUAUGGACCCAAGGAAAGCAAUGAGAAUUCUUGGCCUAAAUGGCCACAUUGGGGUGGAGGGGGGGAGAGGUGCACUGGACAAUUCCCCCCCACCCCCCAAGUUGAUUAUAUUGGCCUAAGGAUCUAUUUGGGAAAUCCAAGGGUUAAGUGGUACAGAGGUGGCAUCCUGUUGUCUCUCACCCCGUGUUUGUAAUCAGAUUAAUACCAGUUUUGCUUCACAAUGUUCCAUAGUACUCUCUCUUCCCAUUCUUUGGUAGUGAGUAAGGAUGAUUCAAUGCUGAAUUGAUGAGUGCUAAUACAAUCUUCAAACCCUUAACAUAUUGCAUGUUCGAGACAUGAUAACGAGACAUAUGGGGUUUUUGAAGAUCUAAAAGCAGAGUUACAAAAUGAAGUUCUAAAUAGCUGAGUCUGAAGAAUUCUCCAAAUCCUCGCUUUUUCCGAGCUCGGCUAUUUUAGUCUACUUUUUGCAGUUUUGUUUCUAAGUCAUCACAAACUGUUUAGGGAAUAAAUUCUACAAUUCUACAAUUGCAGUAUCUCUUCACUUUUAUAACUCAUAGCAUGAUAUUGUUUUGAAUGCAUCGUCUCUGAGUUUAAUUUAAUGUGGGAUUUUCAAAUAGAGCAGAUUCCAUAUUAAUUUGAAAACCUAGGAAAAACAUUUAGAAUUGGAGGAGUCCGUGCUGGCAUGGGAUGUUAAAAAUUUCAAUGUUGGACAGUGAUUCUCUGAGAUAUAAUCUAACAAACUACACGGUUAUAGUUAUUUAUAUAGAGCUAGUAUCACCUGCAUCUGUGACAUAGGUACCUUGAACAUAGCUUGCUGUGAAAAUAAAAAGGCUGAGUAAGAAGGAAGAGUUGUAGAUACCUGGAGUAGCCUUCCAGUGGAAGAUGUAAAGGCUAGUAAUGACAUAGAAAGGGUAGUAGAUACCUGGAAUAGCCUUCCAGUGGAGGCAGUAAAGUUUAACCGUGAUGUACAAAGGUUAUAAACACCUGAAGCAGCCGUCCAAUGGAAAUAGUCUUAAAGAAAAAUAAAAUCGGCAUGGAAUUUCCGUCUCAUUUCAAAUGGGCCAACUGGGACAGCCCGAUCUAUGAGGCUUAGUUUUUAAAUGGGAAUUUUGAAGAUCUGACAAAGAAAUUGCACAUUUUAGACCAGAAUAGCUAAAAUAAAAAAUCUACAACUUGGCCAUCUGUUUACCACAUUUUUUUGGGGGGGAGAAAAGAUUGUGAUUGUCUACUUCAGGCAGAGAUGCUGGGUAAAACCUUCACCCUUUCAUGCUAUGGCUGGCAAAGUUUCCUGGGAGUUGUAGCUUCACCUCUGUAAAACUAACGGCUGGUCACACUAGGUCUACUGUUAUCCAUACAUCCCUCCAUCCCAAAAUAUAAAUACGUUAUUCAGCCUUGCGUCAUCUAACAAAGAAGCAUUUUAAUGAACCCCAUGAUUUGCCCCGUGUAUUUUAAUUUAAAGAUGCUUCUCUCUUUUUUUUUUACAGAUGUGAACUGCCGAAGAGAUCUUUGUUGAAUGUCUAAAGAACCUGCAAGAAUUUCCCAGUCAUGUCACAAAUGCUACACAUAGAAAUUCCCAAUUUUGGGAACACCGUGCUGGGAUGCCUGAAUGAGCAAAGGCUCAUGGGACUUUACUGUGAUGUCUCCAUACUGGUGAAGGGGCAAGCCUUCAAGGCUCACCGCGCAGUCCUGGCCGCCAGUAGUUUGUACUUCAGAGAUUUAUUUAGCGGGAACAGCAAAAGCGCCUUUGAGCUGCCAUCCACUGUCCCCCCAGCAUGUUUUCAGCAAAUCCUUUCAUUUUGUUACACUGGAAAACUGACCAUGGCGGCGAGCGAACAGCUUGUGGUCAUGUACACGGCAGGAUUUCUUCAAAUCCAGCACAUCGUAGAGAGAGGUACGGACCUGAUGUUCAAAGUGAGCUCGCCGCAUUGUGAUUCUCAGACUACCAUGAUCGAAGAUACCAGUUCGGAGCCACAAAGUCCCUGCAACCAGACCCAGGCUGCUUCGGUGCCCUGCGUCAUGUCCCCUGCUAUGCCAAUACCUCUUUUAACCCGGGUGAAAAAUGAGAGUCUGGAGCUACAGCCAGUAGCCGUCCCCAACGUGCAGAUCAAGAGGUCGGUGGAUGCUCAGAAUAGAGACAGCACAGGAGGGUCCAUGUCCACCCCGGUUCCACCAAAACUGUCCCGUGUACCCUACUACGGAAUGUCUAGUUUGGCCGCCCUCUUCCCCAAUGUUCAACAAGUUCCGUACACUCAGGGGGAGCGGACAAGCCCCGGUGCAAGCAGUAUUCCCACCACUGACAGCCCUACUUCAUACCACAAUGAAGAGGAUGAGGAAGAUGAUGAAGCGUAUGACACAAUGGUAGAAGACCAUUAUGGACAGAUGUAUAUCAAGUCUACAGGGGGCUAUUCAGGUACCCAAUCCUACUUUGGGAUUUCAAAUAUAGCUAUGUGAAGCGCUUAUUGAAGCUCUUGCCUGGGGCAUAGUGCAUGCUGAGUUAACAGGGAUUUUAGAAAUUAAACUGGGAAAUCUGUGCAACUGACAAGAGAACUGCAAAUGUUAGACCAAAAUGUACAAAUAUCCAACUGAAGUUUUUUGGCCUAAAAUCUGUAUUUUCUGGUCAGUUUUCCACUAUUCCCUGUUUAUUAAAUAAAACUCUCAGUGGCUUAUUAGCUAAAUUCUGAAUGGCAAAAAUGAUGCGAAUAUCUGUUGUAGCAUGCCCCCAACAUCAGAUGCUGGUAGGUGGGGAAUAAUGGGGGCUGCUAUUAAUGUGAAUCUCAUUACUAGCGCCACCCGGAGAAGGGAGGCCCACCAGGAAACGGGGCGGGUCUAGCAAGAGUAUUGGCUGGUCAACCUGAUGUGAAUGCACGGCAGGCUACCUGUCAAUCAUCCAGGCCAGCCCACUGAUGGCGGGAAAUGCAGAGAGCAGUGUUUCAGCGCUGAGCAUGGUGCAAGCACGUCUAAUGAUUUGCUUGGGCUACACAUUUUGGGGACAGUUCCCUGGGGUCACCAAACGCAGGACAUCAGUGAACAAAGUCAGGACAGUGAAAUCCUGAAAUCAGGACUGUAAUGACUAAAUCUGUAUGGUUGGGAGGCCUGCAAUAGGCAGAACUUGGCUACAAUUCCGCUGGGCUGAGGGGAGGAUAUGGGUAGCACACGAGGGGUGGGGCGCAGCAUGCUUUUAUUGGUUGUCUGUCACCUGCAUACUGUGCGUGCUGAUAACCAGUGCCAAACCUGCACAGAAUUAAUAUUAGCCACUUCCUGUUCCAGACUGACUAUUGGUGCUCCAAUGGCGCUGCAGGAGGUGGAGUUCUACCUGUGGCGUCAGUGAGUUUAAACUCUGUAUGUGCAGCAUUUCAGAACGAAACGCUGCACAUACAGACUCCACACACCAUGACCACUUCAAAUCACUGAAGUGGUUAUAGUGUUCAGAGUAAACCUUUAAUACCAAGCCUAAUAUGUUCUGCUACUUUGGCCUCUAUUUUACAAUGCCCAUUGCAAAUCGCCACAAUUUCUUCCUCUGUAAAUUAACCCCCAAAUCGUUUGUAGCUAAAAUGUCAUGUUUUUGUUCAUAAUUUUCAUUGCAUCAUGUCACCCGUUACCCAAAUACAGUGAUUUAAGCCAUGUCACACGUUACCCAUAAUACUGUAUUUAAUAAGCUGUGCAUUACGUUUUUAACACCUUAUGCAGUAAUUGAAUAAGCUGUGUGUACACUUUAACCUAUUAUACUAUAUUUAAUGUUGUGCAUACACAUUAACCCAAUAUACCGUAUUUAAUAUGCCAUGUGUACAUAUUAACCCAAUAUACCGUAUUUAAUAUGCCAUGUGUACACAUUAACCCAAUAUACCAUAUUUAAUAAACCAUGUGUACACAUUAACCCAAUAUAUUUAAUAAGCUGUGUAAAGUUUAACUUAUACUUUAUAUAAUAAGCCAUGUGUACACUUUAACCCAUUACACCAUAUCUGAUAAGCCAUUAUACCAUAUAUAAUAAGCCAUGUGUACGCAUUAACCCAUUAUACCAUAUUUAAUAAGCAGUGUGUACACAUUAACCCAAUAUACAGUGGUUUAAUAAGCCAUGUGUACGCAUUAACCCAUUAUACCAUAUAUAAUAAGCCAUGUGUAAUCAUAACCCAUUAUAUCGUAUUUAAUAAGCAGUGUGUUCGCAUUAACCCAAUAUACAGUGGUUUAAUAAGCAGUGUGUACGCAUUAACCCAUUAUACAGUGGUUUAAUAAGCUGUGUGUACGCAUUAACCCAUUAUGUGUUGAUUUAAUAAGCCGGGUGUACACUUUAACCCGUUAUACAUUGGUUUAAUAAGCCGUAUGUACGCAUUAACCCUUUACACUAUAUUUAAUAAGCCGUGUGUACGCAUUAACCCAUUAUACAGUGGUUUAAUGAGCCGUGUGUACACAUUAAACCAUUAUACAGAGGUUUAAUAAGCCGGGUGUACGCAUUAACCCAUUAUACCGUGGUUUAAUAAGCCGUGUGUACACUUUAGCCGUGUGUACGCAUUAACCCAUUAUACCAUAUUUAAUAAGCCGUGUGUACGCAUUAACCCAUUAUACCGUGGUUUAAUAAGCCGUGUGUACACUUUAACCCAUUAUACCAUAUUUAAUAAGCCGUGUGUACGCAUUAACCCAUUAUACCAUAUUUAAUAAGCCGUGUGUACGCAUUAACCCAUUAUACCGUGGUUUAAUAAGCCGUGUGUACACUUUAACCCAUUAUACCAUAUUUAAUAAGCCGUGUGUACGCAUUAACCCAUUAUACAGUGGUUUAAUAAGCCGUGUGUAUGCAUGAACCCAUUAUACAGUGGUUUAAUAAGCCGUGUGUACACAUGAACCCAUUAUACAAUGGUUUAAUAAGCCGUGUGUACGCAUUAACCCAUUAUACAGUGGUUUAAUAAGCCGUGUGUACGCAUGAACCCAUUAAACAGUGAUUUAAUAAGCCGUGUGUACACGUUAACUCAUUAUGUGUUGAUUUUAUAAGCUGUAUGUAUAGAGCAAUGUGUAUAUAUGUUGUGGGCUGUUUUUCCAAUCAUGGAUAAGAUUAAAAUAAGGAUAUUUUUAAACCAAUUUCAAUAUUUAUCGGUAACAUUUCCCAGGCACAGAGUAAAUGCUGUAUUGUCUUAGAUUAGUAUUUAUACAGAUCGUCUUCCCUGUCUCCAUUCCAACAUCAACCCUUGCAGUUAAAUUAAGCUAUGGUUUUGGUUUCCUAAUGUUAUUCAUGUCUCUUGUGUAACCCCCAUGGGAUCCAAGUGAUUUGUUGAGUAUUAUGGCUUGUUUCAUUAAAAGUAUUGACCAUAACACAAACACUUGACCAUAACACCAACAGGGACUUUUAUAACAUCCCAUUCUAAAUACAUAGAUAUUAAUAUGUAGAUGGUCCACCCUUUCAGCUAUAGCCGCUUCCACUCUCUGGGAAGGCUUUUCACAAGAUUUUGGAGUGUUUCUGUGGUCAUUUUGGCCCACUUAUCCAGUAGAGGAUUUGUGAGGUCAGGUGCUGAUGUCGGACGAGAAGACCUGGCUCACAAUCUCCGUUCCAGUUCAUCCCAGAGGUGUUUGAUUGGGUUGAGGUCAGGGCUUUGUGCGGGCCGGUCUUCCACACCAAACUCAUCCAACCAUGUCUUUAUGGACGUUGCGUUGUGCACUGGGCACACCUCUUUGUAAAUGCAGACUGCAUGGCUAGGUGCUUGAUUUUAUACGCUGGCAAUGGGUCUGGUUGAAACACCUGAAUUCAAUAUUUAAGAUGUGUGCCCCAAUAUUUUGUCCAUGUAGUGUGUGUGUGUGUGUAUACACCAACCACUAUAUCAACGUGUUGCAGUUGUGGUGCAGAUUGUCCCUUUAAGAAAAUGAAAUUUGUGGUAAUCAACCUUUUUGAUGAUCAAGCAUAUUCGUUUGUUCUUUAUUUAAGGAGAGUUUACACAGGUAUUUGACAUUUUAGGGCCAAAUAGCAGAGCCUGGAAGCAUAGUUUUGAGAAUAUCAGCUCAGCUAUUUUGUGGUUACAUUUGCAAUUCACUUGUCUGUUGUCCACAACCCCCUGUUUAGUGAAUAAGCCUCUGUAUGUAUGGGCCAUACAAUUUGUUUAAAAAAAAGUAAGUUAAUGAAUAAAUGAUCAAAUCUCUUGCGUACUGCAAUGUAAUAUAAGGAGGCUUUCAAGAUAAACUUAAGAAAUUAAUUUCUCUGGAUGAAAAAUAUUUGUAGAAUUUAGGACCCAGGCGGACAUAGCUGGGACAGAACAUGGUUUAUCAGGGAUGCAGUACGUAAUGUGCUUAGCAUUUCCUAUAUAAUUCUUCAAAAAACUUGGGUAUUAGCUAGACCAACGUGGACAUGUAUUAAACAUGGCUGUUGUGUUCCCAGGAUAUGCCAAGUCUUGAGUUAAGUGAUUUCAAAUCCAUCUGGUGCGUGUACAUAAAUAGGACAGUGCAAACUUUAAAUGUUUGCAAUGAAGAUUCAAAUAUCCAAAGAUCUUUUACUAUGGUGUGUUGUCUAAUGGCAUUUUGAUCCAUGAUCCCUUUCAGGAUAUCUGAAAUAAUCUGCAUGAAGAUACGUUGUUUUUGUGUGUGUUUUUUUUUUUCUUAUUCGUUGACCUUGUAUUGGUGGAUUGAUCAAUAAUUUUUCCAAACUCACUGUGUCUCUUGUUGAAAUUCAUCAUCUUGUAGGGAUAUUUAUGGGACAAAAUAUUACUAAUAUCUGGCAUAUUAUGUGUUAAAUUCUGGACAGGGUCAGUCUAGGCGAGUGGUCCCUGACUUGGUCCUCAAGGCACACCAAGAGCCCAACUUUCAUCAAAGACUUGGGAGAUGCCUCAGUCCUAAACUGUUGGUGUGUCCUGCAAGACUAGGGUGAGAAAUACUGGAUUAGACACAAAUAUAUUGAAGAUGUAGCUAGUUCUACCGUAUAUGAUGCACUGAGUAAUCUCGCCCAGCUGGCAAGAUAUAGAACAUGAAGAGGGGGCAACAAAGUUUCUCUUAGAUUCUUACAUCUGCUAGAGAUCCCAUUCUGUCUGUUUCAUCACAUUGCCAUCAUAUUGAAAUAAAAAGGGUAGGUUUUCUGUAGAAAAAUUGUAUUUCAAAGAUGGAGAGACUGAUAAAGAUUAAGCGAAGUUUAGGGGCAAUGUCAGGAAACCUUUUUAAUAUAUAUAUUUUUUUUUUUUACCAGAACAUUGCAGUAGUAAAUGUACAGAUCGGCAGUCCUGCAGAAUUGGUAGACAUCAUAAAGGCAAGUGUUAAAAAAUGAAAGAAAUUUCUGCCAUGUAGCAUAUGAAUCCUACAUACUGAAUGGUGGCACUUUUCCUGUCUUGCCUGUAGGACAGUUAUAUCCUCAAAGACUUAUUCAAUAGGUUUUCCUGAGAUUAAGCAAGCACAAUGUAUAAAUAAAUGCUACUAAUCAAGAUCAGGCACAAACGUUUACUAGGCCAGAUGACAAGUUGACCGGGGUUAUCCAGUAAAGACUGAAUUGUUGGUAAUUCAAAAUAAACUGAAAACUCGGAUUGGACUAGUGCAGACAAAUGGUUGAAAUUCACUUCAUAUCUACUUUGAUUUCCCAAGAAUUCACUCUUUUCAGAAUAACCAUGUUUUGUCCACAGAGAGCGAUUCUGGUAGUUAAGGAUUCUUAAGGCCCAUAUUUCUAGAAUAGUUAAAAUAAUGAAGAGAGCAAAGGGUGGCAAGGAGUUGUAGGUUUAAACAUUUUUUUUUUUCUGGUCGUGUUCUUUAAGAAGUAUUUGAUAAUGUAGUUUCAGUUUCCCUCCAAUGCAGGUUUUUGGAACUGUUUUAUGGGAGCCAUGUCAACCCUUGUUCCCUCUCUUUAUUUGCAGAUAGGCCGAGUGGGAAUCUGUGACAAAGUACUUGUACACGGAACAUGUCAGGCUGUUUAUUCAAGAUCAAAAAAAAAAAGGCUAUAUCUUUAUUGAAGAUUAAUUUAGCUUUAUUUGGCGUUCCCCUGGUGGGGUCUGACGACUUGCUGUUUGGUUUGCCUAACUGCUUCCAACGGUAGAGUCCUGGCUUGUUUGCCGUAUCGCUGACCGAUACGAGAAACCUGACAGCUACCAGUUUUGGAUCUGGCCCAAGAUUGGCUUUCUAUAGGAUACAAUAAGCUUAUUGUUUCCAAAAAGCCGUGUCCUUGGAGUUUCUGUGUUUGAACUAUGUGCACAAAAUGCCACUUGGCUAAACCCUGAACACAGGCACCUUGUGGGUAAAUAAACAAAGAUUAGAUGCUGGUCGAUCACUACCGGCUUUAGUUAAGUCCUUGUCUGGCAUUGGCAUGGCCCUGGGUUUGCAGACCGGACCGGUUAACAUGCCGUACACUAUCUGUGUGGGAGCCGGAGUGGCCUUUAACCCUAUGAGUGUCAGUGGAAUGGAACUGGUUAUGUUUCAUUACUUUUGAGCACCCCCUGAUAGACUUUGGAGGAAGUUUAAUCGUUGUGUGUCUGUGAAAAGGUGGUGAUAACUCUUUGGAUAUAUAUGUCAUGAAGCCAAGGGGCUGUUGUCUCCCAAGUGUCCCAAUUUAGGAGGGACAGUCCCUAUUUUGGGCCAAAGUCCCUCUAUCCCUCUUGUCUCUCCUAAUAGCCCUCUUUUCUAGGAGCUCCGUAUUGUUGGUGUGUCUGUGUGUAUAACAGAGCUCCACAGCAAUAAUACUCCCAGUAAUGUGUCUGAAUGUAUAACAGAGCUCCACAGCAAUAAUACUCCCAGUAAUGUGUCUUUAAACUAAAAUAAAUGUGUUUAGAAAUCAGUCUGUGUAAAUAAGAUACAUUGUUCUUGUUCUAAAUUACAUUUUAGUUCUAUAAAUUGUUAUUAGUAAGUUGUGUCUGUGCUGGGGAGGGGGCUUUAACUCUUCGAUUGCCAGUGCAGACAAGCUGGGGUGACGUCCGAUGCUUUCUCGUUUCUUUCCUGCCAUGCCCGUUUUAUCUCUUCCUUUGCCCUCUUAUCUUUCUAUAAAAUCUUUACAUAACAUGUCGCUUCUAACUUUCCUGGUACAAUGCCAACAUCUUCUACCAGCUAGAAACAGUUACCAGUCAGUAAGGGAAACAUUGCUCGGUCUCUCCCCCUCCCUCCUGCAUUAUCGUGUGUAUGAAAUAGCAUAAGUGUUAGUCGUCUGCUAGCUCCUCUUACUCAUCACAUCCCUGGUGGAAAAUUCCAUUGCUAAUCACUCCAUGUACAUGGUUUGAUUGUAUUCUCCCUUCCUCAUCCAUCACUUUGUUUUACCUUUCGUCUCUGUUAAUUUUCUUUUUUGUUUUCCCCCAGCCAGGAUUCAUUUCCCUUUUUGUUUGUUCCCUUUCCCUUUCUUCCCCCCCACCUUCCCUGCCCCCUUCUACUUCUUGUGUCCCUUUCCAUCCAGUCUCUUCCUUCCUGUGUGCCUUUCCAUCCAGUCCCUUUUUCCUGCCCUCUCCUUCAUGUGCCCUUUCCCUUUCCUUCCUGCAUCCCUUUCCCUAUUCCUCUCCUUCAUGUGCCAAUGCCCUCUCCCUUUUCAUCCUGUCCCUCUCCUUCCUGUGUCCCCUUUCCAUCCAGUCCCCUUUUCCUGCCCUUUCCUUCCUUUGACCCCUUCCCUGUCCCUCUCCUUCCUGUGCCCCCUUUACAUCCAGCCCCCUUUCCCUGUCCCUCUCCUUCCUGUGUCCCCUUUCCAUCCAGUUCCCUUUUCCUGCCCUUUCCUUCCUUUGACCCCUUCCCAUGUCCCUCCCCUUCCUGUGCCCCCUUUCCAUCCAGUCCCCGUUCCCUGUCCCUCUCCUUCCUGUGCCCCCUUUCCAUCCAGUCCCCGUUCCUUGUCCCUCCCCUUCCUGUGUCCCAUUUCCAUCCAGUCCCCGUUCUCUGUCCCUCCCCUUCCUGUGCCCCAUUUCCAUCCAGUCCCCGUUCCUUGUCCCUCCCCUUCCUGUGUCCCAGUUCCAUCCAGUCCCCUUUCCUUGUCCCUCCCCUUCCUGUGUCCCCUUUCCAUCCAUUCCCCGUCCCUCUCCUUUCUGUGCCCCCUUUCCAUCCAGUCCCUGUUCCCUGUCCCUCCCCUUCCCAUCCAGCCCCCGUUCCCUGUCUCUGUAAAGGUACCUGUGGCCAUGUGUGGCAAUCUGUCGUCAUUUUGCUGAUGGAGCCAAACCGGCCUCAUUAUCGCGUAUGUUAAUAUGUACAUUCUGGGUGCUAAAUCCACGACUGGUUAUAGCUAUAUAGACCCCUCACAAGCCUGCACUCAUUACCCUGUGGUGUCCUUGUGAUCCCAAUAAUACGUUCUUUAUUUGUAUUUUAUUUUUAUUUUCAUUUUUUGUGUUUUUGACCGUCAGCUCUCUGGUAUCCCUUACUUGGCCUGGCUUAUCUACUGUUUGACUCUUCUCGAUGCCAUUUACCCUCUCUAGCAAAGCAUCAAGUCCGGCCACCCUAAAGACUGAUAAUACACCCACCGUCCCUUGUCUUGCUCUUCUUUUUGUGUCACAUCCGGUCUCCUUACAUAGUUAGUUACAUAGGCUGAAAAGAGACACGUGUCCAUCAAGUUCAGCCUUCCUCACAUUUGUUUUUUGUGGUUGAUCCAAAAGAAGGCCAAAAAAACCCCAGUUUUAAGCACUUCCAGUUUUGCAACAAACUAGGGGGAAAAAAUCCCUCUUGAACCCAGAAUGGCAGUGAGAUAUCUCCUUGGAUCAAGAAGCUAUUACCCUACAUUGAAAAAUUAUCUUUAAAUAUUCUGUUCUUCCAAGUAUGCAUCUAGUCGCUGUUUAAACAUCUGUACAAACUCUGAAAAAAACACUUCUUCAGGCUGGGAAUUCCAUAUCAUUAUUGUUCUUACUGUAUAAAAAAAAAUGUCCUUUCCUUUAGACUAAAUCUUCUUUCUUCCAGUCUAAACACAUGACCUUGUGUCCUAUGUAAAGUCCUGUUUGUGAAUAGAUUUCCACACAAUGGUUUGUAUUGGCCUCAAAUAUAUUUGUAUAAUGUUACCAUAUCCCCUCUGUGGCGAAGUUUUUCUAAACUAAAGAAGUUUAGAUUUGUUAACCUUUCUUCAUAGCUAAAAUGUUCCAUUCCUUUUAUUACAUUUGUAGCCCGCCCCUGCACUCUUUCUUGUACCAUAAUAUCCUUCUUUAGAACAGGUGCCCAAAAUUGCACAGCAUAUUCAAUAUGUGGUCUUACCAGUGAUUUUCGUCCCGAGAAUGAAUGCCCUUUUUCAUGCAUGACAAUACCUUACUGGCCUAAGCCACUGCUGAUUGACAUUGCACAUUGUUGCAUAGUUUGUUGUCUAUGACAAUUCCCAAGUCCUUCUCAUGUGUUGUUAUCCCUAAUUCGCUUCCAUUAAGGCUAUACGUUGCUUGUGCAUUCUUUACGCCGAAGUGCAUAACUUUGCAUUUUUCUACAUUAAAUUUCAUCUGCCAUUUUAGUGCCCAGUCCCCCAGUCUAUCCAAAUCCCUCUACAGCAAAGUAAUAUCUUGCUCACAUUGUAUUACUUUACAGAGUUUUGUGUUAUCUGCAAACACUGAAACAUGACUUUCAAUGCUUUUUUUAAGAUCACUUAUAAACACUGAACCCUGAGGGACACCACUUGCCACCUCUCUGUACUCUAUCUUUAAGCCAAUGUUCUACCCAAGAACAAGAAUUUUCAUCUAGACCAAUUUCUUUGAGUUUGAACACUAAUCUAUUGUGUCGAACUGUAUCAAACGCCUUGGCAAAAUCCAAAUAGAUCACAUCCACUGCAACACUCUGAUCUAUACUUCUACUUACUUCUUCGUAGAAUGCAAUUAGGUUAGUUUGACACGACCUGUGCUUCAUAAAAUCAUGCUGAUUUUUGCUGAUAACCAUAUUCUUCUCAAGGAAUUCUUGAAUAUUAUCCCUUAAUAACAUUUCAAAUACUUUCCCAGCCACAAAAUUUAAGCUCACAGGUCUAUAAUUUCCAGGCAAGGAUUGUGAACCCUUUUUGAAUAUAGGAACAACAUCCGCCUUCCUCCAAACCUCCGGAACACUUCCUGAAAGAAAAGAAUAUUGAAAGAUUAAAAACAGAGGUUCAAUUAUUUCCACACUUAGUUCCUUAAGUACUUGUGGAUGAAUACCAUCAGGCACUGGAGCUUUGUUUAUAUUAACUUUCUUUAGUUGCUGCAGCACCUUGUCUUGAGUUAUUCAAUUACAAUUUUUCUGCAUGUCUUUUGCAGCAAUCAUUUGCAUAUCUCUUGCCAUAGGUUCUUCCUUAAUAGAUACGGAGGAGAAAUAGUUAUUUAACAUUUCUGCAUUUUCCUGGUCUUCAUUAACUAACAUGCCAAUCCCGGUUUUUAGUGUACCUACACUUUCAUUUUUUAUUUUUUUUUGAAUUUAUGUACUUAAACGCUUUGGGGUUGGUUUUGCUCUCUUUGACUAUCGUUUUUUUUUCAUUUUCAGGUUUAGCGGAUCCAAUCAAUCGCCUUUUUCACACAUUAUUGGCUUCCUUAUAUCUUUUAUAGGAUGCAUCUGAUUUGACAGAUUUAAAGGCUUUGAAUGCCCUUUUCUUAUUUAUAAUUUCUCAAUUCACUUUCCCACUAAGCCACAUUGGUUUCAAUUUGUUUCUUUUAUAUUUAUUUCCCAAUGGUACAUACUGAGAAAUUAACCUUUCUAAUAUUUGUUGGAUGAUGAUCUAGUGGGCGGUGAUUUUAGGAGUUAUAUAAGGCCUGGUUCCAUUAGCUUGUCUAAUAUAGCUUGGUGCUACUUCCAAGUGCUGUUUCUAAGUGUGUCGUUGGAGAUAUUCUGGAGAUAACCUGGAGGUAAUCUGAGGUAUUCAGGAGGAUAAAUAAAAAAGUUAAGAUUUGUUCAAUUUAUAUUAUUCUUAUAAUUGGAAUGGCAGGUUUAGUUCAGUGUAACAAUUGCUAUGCAUUUGUUUCACGUUCCAGUUUUUGGAGGUUUGGUUGUUGUCUAAUCUGUAGACAGUUCUCUAUCUUGCGGCAGGAGAUUGUAUUUUUGAAGUCUGAGAUUUGCAAAUUAUCUGGUGAAGAAACUCAGACUGGAACUGCUGCAAAGCCACUGCCGCAGAGACAUGCACAACACCACUAGCCUCAGUGCCUCUCUCCACAACACCAUUACACUCUGAAAGUGCAGAAAAUGAAUUAUGAAGAGCAACAGACUGUGCAAAAUGCCUUUUAUCCACAACUCUAAGUCUACCAGAUCCUACAGUAAUCCAUCUGCCUUUCCUAGCAUGUUUCCAUUAGCCUGCCUUUUCAUUGGAAGGCAGUAAAUUAUGGGCUGUGUAGUCUCUGACAGGCAAAGGCAACAUAUCCCAUAACAUUCUGUUGCCUGUAGGAUGCUUCCAUUGGGCACAAAGAAUGGAUGCAAAUAAAUAGGAUAGGUAGCACAGCUAAUUUAAUAGAAGUGGAUGCACAGGGCAAAAUACAAAAUUCUCAAAAAGUUAAUUUACCCAAUGAUUUCCAAAGUAGUAUAACUUAGCCAGCUGCAUUUGACACAAUUUUCUUUGGAAUCCCAUUUUAACUUUCUGCUUCGCUUGUCUCUGUUAUCCCACCACACCGUUAACUAGCAGAGAAUUAUGAGAAUGUAAUCUAAUAUCAUUAGGGACAAGAGUCAGCCAACCGUAGGCAUACCGCUACGUCCUUUAAUUCAGAGUCAUAUUCAUUUUUUUUUUCCUUACAAUUAUUACCCAGACUCAAUUGUUCCCCAUUUUCUUUACGCUUCGUUCCAUUAACCUCUCCCUUUAUAUUGUCACAUUUUCUUCAGUCGGGAAAGGGUUUCUGUAAUCUAUCCUGCAAUAACCCCAGUGCGUUUGUGGGUCACUCUGGAUGGGAAUGGGUAAACACUAGCGAAGAUGUUUAAUUGCACACGUAUACUGGCAGAUGUUUCACUUUUUUUCCACGAGAUCUAAGGAGCUGCUGAAAUACGAGUAUUUAUAAACCUGGCAAACUUGUGACCUGCCCAGGUCUAAAAAAGAACAGACGAGGGCCACUUACGAGGGAGCUGUAAAUUUCUAUCCCCGUGAAACGUACAGGAACAUCGUGGACUACAUCCUAUUUUCCAGUAAUGAUCAUCCCCAUUUGCAACUUUCCAACCUUCUUUGAUCUGCACACCUUCCCCUGUGAGCAUAGGUUGGGGGGCAGGGCUAAGGGAUCACCUCCCCACCCCAAUAGCAAAUGGCUAAACUUUUUAUUUCACCAUCGUAAGUGGACCCUAUGACAGUUUAACCGUUUAGGUUUUAAAAAAUAACUUUAAAGGAAACAACAUGUUAGAGAUUAGUUUUGUUUUAUAGAGCCACGUAAUGCUUUUAAAGAACCACUAUAGUGCCAGGAAAACAUACUCGUUUUCCUGGCACUAUAGUGCCCUGAGGGUGCCCCCACCCUCAGGGACCCCCUCCCGCCGGGCUCUGGAGAGAGGAAGGGGCUAAACACUUACCUUUCUCCAGCGCCGGGCGGGGAGCUGUACUCCUCCUCUCCUCCUUGCUCGCGACGUCAUCGGCUGAAUGCGCAUGCACGGCAGGAGCCGCGCGCGCAUUCAGCCGGUCGCAUAGGAAAGCAUUUACAAUGCUUUCCUAUGGACGCUUGCGUGCUCUCAUUGUGAUUUUCACAGUGAGAAGCACGCAAGCGCCUCUAGCGGCUGUCAAUGAGACAGCCACUAGAGGCUCUGGAGGCUGGAUUAACCCUCAGUAUAAACAUAGCAGUUUCUCUGAAACUGCUAUGUUUAUAAAAAAAAAGGGUUAAUCCUAGAGGUACCUGGCACCCAGACCACUUCAUUAAGCUGAAGUGGUCUGGGUGCCUAGAGUGGUCCUUUAAGUAUUGUGCCAUCAAAAAGGCUAGCUGUUGCAUAUGUUUUUUUUGUUAAUUUUGCAUACUCAUCAGGGCUCUUACUAUGUUGUCUGAAUGUUUUUGUAGUAUUUCUACUGGUGAUAGAACAAAAAUAGGGGGACGGACGUCCUUUUGCUUAUUGUAACCUUUAACUCUUUCACGCCAUUUGAUAACCUAGUUAUCCAUCCUAUUCUUUACAUGCAACUAUGUGGCAGAAGGUUUCGAUGUCCCGUGAUAGGUGGGUGGGGCGUAUUGUAUUGACGAUGCACUCAUUUAGAGAAACCACAACCUCAAUAUUCUUGGGGAAAAAAAUAUAAUCAAUGUAAAACUAGGGGGCUGCUGUGAUUAAUAAAUCCUCUAAUUUCGGCUACCCUAGGUACCCCACUAAUUCAUUGCUGUAGGUGGCAGCAGGGCUGCAAUUAGGAAGAUGUAGACCGCACUUUGGUAAUGGGCCAAGCAAAGUAUGGGGGGGGAGUACUGUCUACAUUGCACUGUAAUGCUUUGAGCAGCUGCAUUGGAACAUGCUGUAACAGCAUGAGAUGUCACUUUGCACUUGCUGCUGGGCAGGGAAGAUGAGAUGCCAUCUCACUUCAGCCAGAUACUUUUAGGAUGCUGUGUGGGAAUGCAAGAUUAAGUUUUGGGUGGUUAUAACAUAAUGUAAAAUAUGUAUUGAGCAGCCAGAGGUGUGUGUUGGGAGUAUGUAUCUGUACGUGAUCGCCUAUUUGUGUGUGUGUCUGGGUCUAGAUCAGGUACAAGGGGGGGACCUGGCCAAUUGUUUGGUUGGGGGCUCCAAGAUUUCGGAUACAGCCCAGGGUGCCAGACUCCCAGUACAGGCGAUUCUGACCCAAUCAGUUCCAAAGAGCAUUUGGAUCUUGCUGUAGAAGAAUAGCAUCACCCCGGGAAGUCCAGUUGUUGAGAACACAAGAUGAUGAUGGGCUUUAAAUCUAACCCUCUUGUUAGUGCUUCGCUUUGUACUCUGCCUUGUAUGACAGUUCCGUCUGCAGAAAUUAAUAUCUGUUGAUGCUACGUUCAGCCCUGUGAAGACAGCAAUAUCUCUAGGUGAUCUUUCGAUCUUUUGUUCCAUGCUGCCAUCAAACAUGCUUAUUUUGGGAUGGUUUAUGUGUAUAUGGUAUGUGUAAACGUUGGCAGCUAGUCUUAGGCCCAUAAAUACCCUGCCCUGACGUGAUAAAGAAUAGGAAUAGUAAAACACAUGGAAAGGGAACAAAUCUAACCCUUUGUACACCAGAGGGGGAUAGUCCCAGAAUCCUGUCUGGUACUCCGAAUUCUUCUUUCAUAUUUAAUAGUUUGCACUUUUGAUGGCUCAUAUGUUUAACUUCUGAUUAUGUAGACCAGGGGUGCUCAAAAAGUAGAUCACCAGAUGUUUUAAAACUACAGUUUCCAUGAUGCUUGGUCAUUACAAAGACUUGCAAAGCAUCAUGGGAGUUGUAGUACUACAACAUCUGGGGAUAUACCUUGUGGGCACCCCUGAAGUCUCCUUGAUCUUCUGCCAGCUAUUGGAGUUCUAGAGUAAAACGUGGCUUUCGAUGACCUCUACAGUGGCAAUCUUUGCCACGUGUCACUUCUGCCACGUCUUGUAUUUGAAAAGUUGGUCAAAGGUGUAAAAGUGGAGCAAUCGGCACAAACAUUCCAUUGGUUUCCGUGGUAAUUAUUCCACCUUUUGACACUUUACUCCUGCACGCACUUACUGUUUAUUCACUAGACACACAAUUGUAGUGAACUGAAAAUAAAAUGUCAAAUUUAAGGCUAAAAUAGUCAAGCUGUGAUUGUAGUGGAAUUGGAGAUUUUUCCAAAUCACUUUUUGCCUCCAUGUUUCUAAUUCAGUUUUUAGUUUUUCUCUAUAUGAAUGAAGUGGUAAGGAUGAGUCUGGCACAAGUUUUAAAGCAAGCUUUCCAACCAUCCUGAUUUUAGUGAAACAGUCCCAACUUUAGGGUCUUGUGCAACCAUCCCAGCUCCUCAUCCUGGAGAGAACUAUCCCAAAAAAGCAUACCAUAAGCACAUCAUUAGAUGCACUCGCACGAUGUUCAGUACACAAGCACUCUGCAGAGGGCGCUAAAACUGUGCUAUGAGUUGGGACAAGCCAGACUCAUUAGAUGAUAACCCUAAACUUAAAAUUAUCUCCCUGGGUGUUGACUACAAAAAUCCUUGAUUUCCUUUGGGAAGCUCAGAAGUCCACUACAAACUCUAUUUCCAGUUCACCCACGUUAUUCAGCUUGAGAAAAGCUUUAUCUUGUAGAAAAUGGAGAUUCAACAUCAAGGUAGAUCUGGGGGUCUGAAAGGUGCUCAGCCAUUAGUACAUCAUUCGGGUAUUUUUAACACUAAAAGAACUGAAAGCAAUCAAUAUGCACUUCAUUCAGGUCUGCAACUUAACUCAGAUUUUCUGGAAUAAGAGCCCAUUUGUUUAUGGAUCACCAUUUCAUAACCAUAUCAUAUGAGAUGACAAUAGGUUUGCAAAUCACAAAUGUGUCUUACAGAUGUGACUUUCCAUCUGCUGCAGGUUCUGUAGUCCUUACCAAGUUAUCGUUGGAGAAUUAUUCAAAUUAAACCAUAAACAUAUUAAUGCUGAUCGCCUAUAUGGAACUUCACUGUAAUAACAUAUCACUCUGUCAAAAAAAAAUUACAAAAUACGCUCAUCUGUUAUUCCCAAUUUUUCUGUAUUUAAUCAUUUAUCAGAAAAAAAAACCACAACUCCGGAAUUCACAGCGUAGGGUAAGGUUUUCUUGCUUUCCUCUACGGCGCCUUCAAAAAUUGCUUGGGUUUGUUUACCCAACAAUUUACAUUCCUUGAAAACAAAAUGUUAUGUCGCAAAUGCUGUAAAAAUAUCUUCUGCGUUCCAUGUAGAAAUUGUGAUUUACAGUAUGAAGAUACUCGGCAUCUUAACUAGGGGACAUUAUGGAUAUUAUUUCACUCAAAGCCAUUACUCACACGUCUUGCUGUAAUAAUCAAAGUAAACAUAACGAAAGUGUAGAAUCUGGUUCAAGUGUCAGUAAUUAUUGUUCUGACGUUAUAUGGUUUUUAAAUGGAUAUGGAUAAUUGUUAAACCCCGGCUCAUGUCGCAUUGCGUUUUAGUUAUAGUAUAUUUAAGUCAUAAAAUCAGUUUAUUCCUUUGACAUGUAAUGUAGAGGGGAGUGAUCAAGAAAAGUUUUUUUGUAAUGUUGCAGUGUAUAUUAACAUAACUCCUAACCAUCCUGAAUGCGGCGGUUCAGUCACGAUUUUUGGGACACUAGGGAACUGUCCCCAAAAAUCAUAGCACAAGCACAUCAUAAGGCGUGCUUGCGCUAUCUUUAGGGCCCUCGGUGGGCCGGCCUGAGUGAUGGAAGCAUUCACUCCAAGCUGACCUGCUAUUAACUCCGGCAGACCCACCCUAUUUUGUGUCACUGGUCCACCUCCUUUACUUCCCUCCCACCGACAUUCCGGUUCUUAGGAUGCCAGAGUUGGGCGGUAUGUAUUGAGGUACGUUGCAUUACCUGUGGAGGCGCUGGGGUUAUUGGCUAAUUGCCCUCUUUCCAGUGUGAGCUGCUGGGUUCCCUGAGUAUUCUACAGACUGCAGUUACAUUUUAAUGUCCGUAUCCCUUCACUGUAAAAGAUAUUGUAGUGGUGGUUAAUUGUACCCUCCAGUGUGAGCUGCUGUGUUUAUAGCAUAUUCUACAGACAGCAGUUGGUGAACUGUUUGGAUCAGUGGAUCAGUCUGAUAUGCACUGCUUAGAGCAGGGAACUGACCCUCACUCACCAACGAUAGAGAGGUUGGAAGGGGGAAUAUCUUUUUAUCUAAAGUUCUGUGAAUGCACAACUUUGUAUCAUUUAUAUUAAUCGUUGCCCUACCCUACCAUAUCAAAUGUACAGUUUUUGAUUGUCAUUUACUUUUAAGAUUCUAUAUUCAUUUUAAAUCUGAUAUUAAUUGCUUCUAAAAUUUCUUCUAAAUUUGCCUACUUUCUCCCUCCGUUUCAGUUGGCCAGGAUAAGGGUGAUCAGAUACCAGGCUCCUUGGAAAACCGUUCCUGUGUUCUGAUUCGACGUGACUUGGUUGCACUCCCUGCCAGCCUCAUAAGUCAGAUCGGGUACCGCUGCCAUCCCAAACUUUAUUCCGAAGGCGAUCCCGGAGAAAAAUUGGAACUUGUCGCAGGUCAGGUUUGCUGACAGUCCUUAUCUCAAGAGGGUAUUGAAGCAGAAAUUUCCAAAUUUAAUUAAUUGAAAUAAUUCUGUCUAGAUAAUUCAGAUAUAUCUCUAUAUUGAUCUAUAGGUAUAUUAUUUUAUGUUACAAGUUACUAAAGUGUCACCAAGAACACUCUAGCAAUUUUAAAGGUGGAACAUCACUUUUGUGAAGCUCAAAAAAUCACCUAUAACUCGUGUUUACCUUUUUUAUUAUGCAAUGCUUUGUUUUAUUAUAAUUGUUUAUUAAGGAUUUAGUCAUUGACAUCACAAUCCAGUUCAGACCCAGCACAGAAUAACGGCACAUGAUGCAUUGGAGAAGGAGAAACAUUGUUUGCUUUUUUUCUCCUUUCUCUAUGCUUGAUUGGCAGGUGCAAAGGGUGGAGCUUCCAACAAUGAUUGAAAGGGAGCUAAGAUGAAGGUGCACUGUUCUCAAAUAGUCUAAUACAGUCUGGUUGAUUUCUAAGUUUCAUUAUAUUUUUCACACGUGACAAACACAUAUGUUAACCCCUUAAGGACACAUGACAGAAAUAUUCCGUCAUGAUUUCCUUUUAUUCCAGAAGAUGUGUCCGUAAGGGGUUAAAUAAAAGGAUACUUUAACAUAAUAAUAAAAAUCCAUGACCGCUCCCCUUUUAAUAUUCAUGUUUACAUUGCCCCGUGCGUGAAGAUCAAUUCAUUAAUCUGGGAUUGAAUAACGUAGACGUUGAGACGGCGCAGGGUGAUCACCUGCCUGGACCGGCGAGAGACUCCGACACCCGGUGACGAUUUUUCGAUAUUUUAAGUGGCAUCUCUCAGACUGUCAGGUUUACUAAACGUCUCCCGAUGAGCUAGGCAAUGCCGGCUCUCCCAACAAAAUCAAUUUACUUGCAAAGCACAAUGGCUCGGGCACUGUAAAAGCCUGUUAGCAUACAGAAUACCAACACUCGUUAUCCUACUAGAAUAUUCAUUUUGUAGCAGUUUACAUUUUAUGUGGAGCUAUUAAAUGUGACACAGGUUAUUUUCACAGUGGAGGAACAACUGUAAAUUGUGUCUUCGCACACCUGUGGAUAGGGCCCAUUUGCAUUUUUCAAUCUGCGAAGCUAGAUUAAUAUCUCUAUCUCAUAAUACAUGUACGGCUUGCUUUAUCUCCCCUGCUUGGCAUUAAUAUCACCAUUGGCAGGUGUUAGAGCCACAUUUAUUUAUUUUGCUGAAAGGAGACGGGUUUAUUUAAUUUUAUAUUAUUUUCUUCCGGUGAGCGGAUUCUAUUAACCUCUUGAGUGCCGGAGGGCUGUUCACAGCUUGCUGUAAGCUCUGUGGGUACUGUUCCGGUGGUACAUUGGCAGCUGUAGGUUUUUAAUGCCCACCCCCCCCAAUGGAUGAUUCUUCUCUCCCUGAUCCGAUUCGUACAUGCUCUCCCUCUCUCGCAUUUGUUCUCUCUUUCUUGCACAGCUUUUCUCAAUUGCUUUCUGUAUUAUUUUAUUAACCCCUUCAUGACCAAAAAUAUACCACGUAUUUCAUUUUACAAAAGGGAUUCACCAUAAUGCGUGUUAUGAGGAUCCCAUGGCUCUGCAGUGAGGAUAUGGGCAGGACAAAGCUCUUUAAGUGGAAGUAAGACAUUGAAGGCUCUGCAAGCAGGAAGGAAGACGCAGGGCACCAAUGCCGAGGGUGGGUAGGGGAAAUUUGGGGGAAUUGCAGGACAAAGCAUAGCGCAAACUGCAUUAUCUAAAAGGGGCCCUGAUGUUUCUCUAACAGAACAUCUCCGAUUUCUAAAUUCUGCAUUCCUGCAGAUGUUAGGCUGGGUUUUGAUGAUACUAAUGGGCUGCUAAUAAUGGAUCAGUAUUACCUGCGCAGUCGGUAAACGGUGCUAUUGAUGAUCAGCUAAUUAGAUCAGUGCUUGUUCUGGCUACCAGAUAUUUCCUGAGCUCAGCAAAUCGCACCAUUAAUGCACUGUUUAGUAAAAAUAACUAGGGCGUACGUAUAGAGGACCCCCCUUUUAUUUCCAAGUUACCCAGGAGUGUUCCCAGAAUGCAGAGUAAGGCCUGGCGAGUAGAAAUCUGGCGCGCCUGUGUCCUAAUGCAGACACCCUCCCCAGCUCUCAAUGUGCAUAUUGACUCUACUGAAGAGGACGGGAGUUUUGCUUCUCUGCAGUCAGCAGAAUAUAAUUAGAAUCAAUACCCGCAGAAUCUCGGAGCUGUUGGUCUAUGUGUGGGAGUUCAUUUAAGGUAAAGAACAGAGGGAUGGUGGAGGGGGGAGAGGGAGGCAGGAAACUACUGCUACCAUAGGGCCUUAAUGGUAUUUUUUUUUUCUCAUCUUUUUAAUUCCAUCGAUUUAUCGGUGACUGAGAUUUGUAAUAGCACUACGGUCUGUUCCUUUCAGAAACAUUUCAUGGCUGCAAACAUCCCCCACCCCGUCUCCUUUCUUUCUUAAUGGGGUGGAAACUCAUCUCCAUCGUUCUAAUGAGAUUAGUUAUCACCCUUUGCUUGCCAGGCAACGCACUUGCUUUUGCAGACAUUCUUGGUACUCAGAGGGUUAAAAAUGAAAGAUGAUGAAGGUAAAGGUUUCAGGCUUAUGAAGAACACUUUUUGCAAUAAGCAAUUUUUAACAGUGGGUCCAACCUGCAGCCAGAAAUUGCCUUCCAACAGAAACCUAGCCAGUUAGUUAAAUGUUAAUGUAAAUAAACUACAGAGUUAAUGUACAUAUUUUUGGGAGGGGUUUGACCACUCAAGAAUGAUGCGUUUUGCAGCUCAACUGUGUCCUAUGCACCUUUUAGAUUUAACUCUGUGAUGUUUAAAAAAACACUAAAGCACUAGGAAUACAAACCUGUCCAUAGUCAGAAAUGGGUAUCCCCCACCUUGUUAGCAAUAAAAAUUCUAAAAUAGUAAAGUUUUUCUUCCCUUUUUCCUGUGCCGAGACUCCCCAACACUAUUCACCUCUCCGCCUCCCGCGCCAUUAUGGAAAAGGCAUGGCCUCCUCCGUCAAUGUCCAAUCGCAAUGAGGAUGGAAUGCGCAUGCACAGUGUGUGCCGCGCAUGUAUUCACUUUCUCAUGGGAAAACAUUGAAUCAGUGCUUUCCUGUGGAGCUUCCAUGUCACAUCAGUUUUACUCUAUCCGUGCCACAAAAGUGCACAAAGAAAGUGAACAAGCUCCAGGGUAAGACUAUUGACUAUGUUCGGUAGUUUGGUCGUUUUUUAACUACCACACUAGACCGACCGUUAGCAUUGAUUUCAUGGAACUCUUUUGGGCAUAGGACCAUGUGCACGGUCAGUCAAAUAAUUGACUUCCAUGAAAAUCCAGAACCCCUGAACCGAACUGGGUGAAUUUUGGACAUGUUGGUCACUUAGAUUGGGUCUAUCAGGGGAUGUAACUUUUGUGGGGUUUUCGUGUAUUUUAUGUAUAUUUUGGGGUGUUUUAUACAUUUUAUGUUUUCUGUACCUGGAGAUAAUUGAGUCUGUACAGUUCCUGACUCAAUUAUCUCCCAGGCACAGGGGAGGGAUUACCCUGUUUUGGGUUUGUCAUGGGAUGGUUUGACGGUGUCCAUAAAUGUAUAAAAGCAGGCCACCUGGCCAGAUUAAAGUAUUCCAGCUUGUACUCCCAGAACUUUGUGUCGUCUGGUUACUGGGAGAAGAAAGGUUCCAGCAUGGAGGAUUCAGCGAGGAAAGUCCUUGUAAGGUGUCUUUGGGCACUUUGGGCAUUUCUACUUGUGAUUUAUUGGUUAAUGUCAUGAAAAUGGUAUACCUCAACAACAAUAGAUUUAGAUCUAAAAUAAAUAUUCGAGCAUAUCUCCCGACAUUUCAAAUAGACAAAGAGGGACACUUUAAUUUUACGGGUUGGGGUUCUUCUGAGAAAUUACAUGUGACUUAUUAAUAACGUGCAAUUAAAAUGUAAUUUUUUGAAAUAGCUUAAUUAAUGAUUAAUUUAUCAUUUCUGAUUACUUUUAUGUAAAUACAUGUCAACUCCUAAGAUUGUUUGUUGUAUUUACCACAUUUCUUUCUGACUUGCUUUAGGCUCUGGUGUUUACAUCACCCGCGGCCAGUUGAUGAAUUGUCACCUCUGCGCAGGUGUAAAGCACAAGGUCCUAUUAAGACGCCUGCUGGCCACUUUCUUCGAUCGGUAAUGCUCUUCCUGUUGUCUAUAUAAUCGUAGGCCAUUGAGAAGAAGGCCCAUUUUUUUUUAUUAUUUUGUGUUCCUAUGCAGAGGACUAUUCACUAAAGUGAGAAUCAAAAGUGAAUUUCAAAUUUAAGGUCAAAUAGUCAAACUAUAAAAAAAAUAUCCAAGUCACUUAUGACUUCAGUUUGGCUGCUCUAGUCUUAAACUUUAAAUUCACAUUGAAUUCUGACUUUAGUAAAUAAUCCUGAAAGGGUGUCAGUUUAGCAGUUAGGGACUUUGAAGGCUUUUGUCCAUCUUUUAAAAAUCUCUAUUCCAGUAAGAAUCUGCCAGUAGGUUUAGUCACCAGAACAACUACAGCUUAUUGCAUUUGUUCUGGUGAGUAUAGUCAGUCCCUUCAGGGUUUUUUUCCGAGAAAAUGCAGUGUUUACUUACAGCCUAGUGAUAACUCCAAUGGCCACUCCUCAUAUGGCUGCUAGAGGUGCUUCCUGGGGCAGUGCUGCACAGUGUGACUGACAUUCAGUGUCUCCUCCCUCUGCAUGCAGACACUGAACUUUCCCUUAUAGAGAUGUAUUGAUUCAAUGUAUCUCUAUGAGGAGAUGCUGAUUGGCCAGGGCUGUGUUUGGCUUGUGCUAGCUCUGACCAUGAACUGCCUCCUUUUCCUAUGGGAAAGCAUUAUGAUUGUCUAUUGUUCAACACUGCUGAUGAUGUCUGUCAAGCAGGCAGAUCAGGGACAGAGCCAGCAGCUGCAGACUGGAAUUCAAGUAAGAUUUUACUAUAUUUAGGGGAGUAAGGGGAAGCUAGGGGGAGCUAGAUGGUGGUUUUAACACUAUACAGUCAGGAAUACAUGUUUUUGUUCCUGACCCUAUAGUGUUCCUUUAAACUUUGUCCAGAAAAUAAAUAUGUUCUAGAUAUAUGUAGGUACCAGUGUGUGUCUAAUCAGCGUGGCACAGCAGAUAUUCUAUAUCCUACUUUAACGAUGAAUAUUUGAAUUUUUAUAAGAGGUUUGCAUCCAGUUUCAUUAAAGCUCAAUAUAAUGUAUUAUCCUUUUAAAAAUCCAUUGGGGAAAAACCUUUAAAGAUAAGUAUACUAAAGUGAGAAUUCAAAGUGAAUUUCAAAUUUGAGAUCAAAAUAGCCGAACGCAAAACAUCAUCUAAGUCCACUACGCAUUCAAUCCAGAUACUCUGGCUUUAAAUUUGAAAUUCACUUUGUAUUCAACUUAGUAAAUCACCCUAUUGGCAUGAAAAACCAGAAACUGGGCUUGUGAGAGUCCUGAGGAGAACAAAUCUGGCGUAGAAAGGUUAGUCAUCACUUCAUGUCCAUUAUACAGUGUUUAUGUGAGUAUUUUUCUGGUCUAAUGAAUGCAUGAUUUUCCGGUUUAUUGACCGAUUUUAUUUUGCAGGAAUACACUUGCCAAUAGCUGUGGUACUGGCAUUCGGUCGUCAACCAGUGAUCCCAGCCGGAAGCCUUUGGAUAGCAGGGUUCUUAACGCUGUCAAACGUAAGCAAGUGGUUUAAUUUUCUAUUCUCCAAUAGCUACAUUGUAAGGCGCAGUCAGGGCCGGUGCAAGGAUUUUUGUCUACACAGAUGAAGAUGCAAUUUGCCCUCCCAUCCACCACCAAAAAAAGUGUCUUCACCUGUGUCUCUUACAACCCCCUUGUGUGUCUUUUUCUCCCCCCAGUCCCAUUGUGUGUCUUUUUCUCCCCCCAGCUCUUUGUGUGUGUCUGUAUGGCUGGGGGAAAGAAAAAGAAACACAGACACAGUUAGGGUCUGUAGUAGGGGGUAAGGUUCCAGAGCUGUACCUGGGAGUCUGGGAGCUGCUUAAAAUACAAAACUAAAGUGUAUUCCCCCCUCCCGGAGUCUUACCUUGGACCAGUCAGGUGGAAACCUUAUCCCUGGUGCCAGGUGGGACAGGAGCUGCAGCCAGCACACAGCAGCAAGUGAAGUCGGCCAGCAUCUUCUGAUGAUGUCAGGAGGAGCGCGUGACUCUCACCGGUCUUCUCCCAGACUCCCCAGCAAUCUGGAGACAGGUGAAGUGAAUAAUUUGAGUCCCCAGCCAGAGGCAGUGGAUUUGGAUUUUUGCGGCCCCUGCUCUGGUGCCCUAAGGCUGACUUAUGGACGCGCAGACUGUGUCAAACAAAUUGGUAAACCAAGAGGUAUGAGACAAAUUCUGGCUCAAUUAAGAGGCUGUUCUCAUAUGUAAGUUUUUGACUGGGCUAUAGUCUAUCUAAGCUCAUGAAUAAAAUGGGGGGAAAACUAUAGUUAGGAAUUUCAAGAAACUUCCAGAUUAAUUGGCCGCCACUUGCUCCCGACGUUUCAGCUCCCGAUUACUUCCUGUAGGGAUAUCUGAAGGAGAGGGUACGUGAAUAAACACUUAAGCAUCGCAAGGAGAACUAGGGCAUUAAUUACUUGAUCAAGUCCCACAUGCCAUUGUUUUAGGUUAAAGUUUGUAAAAAAAAAAAAAAAAAAAUUCCUGAGCAAUUUAUAUUAAUAACCACCUUCAUCUGUCCUUAAUCUAAUCUAGCUUUUUGUGUUUGCCUGCAGUGUAUUGUCAGAAUUUUGCCCCGAAUUUUAAGGAGAGUGAAAUGAACGUCAUUGCUGCAGACAUGUGCACUAACGCCCGCAGGGUACGCAAGCGCUGGCUCCCCAAAAUCAAGUCUAUGUUACCUGAAGGUGUGGAGAUGUAUCGCUCUGUGAUGGGGUCAACAACCGCAGGCAUUCCCUUAGAGACAGAUUUCCAGGCAAGCCCGGCGCAAGCAUUCGAGCAAAGAAUCUAUGCAGAGCGGAGAAGUGAUCCUAGCGCCAUUGUGUCACUAAGAACUAACACAGCAAAUAUUGACCUCACCAAUGGGUCCAACCCUCCAUUUGAACAGAGCCAAGAAGGAGAAGGUUCAACGGGAUCUGUCAUCCAAGAGGUAGGUGGCACAGAUCCCUUGGCAGUGGAUACCCAGAGCACGCCUCCACCACCUUUUGAACAGGAGUCUGGCUCCACCAGCAGGCCAGAGACACCGGCGAGGAGGCAAGACUCAACUUAUGGAGGAACUUUAUAAAGAAAGAAGUUAGAACCGUCAUGACCUAAAAGGGAUGUGUAGUGUCGAAGCUGCUUGCAUGCAUUACUAAUUAAAAAAAAAAAAUGUGAUCAGCUACUUACCUACAGAACUGCUACUGUUGCCUGAAAAAAAUGUGAUUUUUAUUCUGCUUGUAUUUAAAAAAAACAAAACAAAAUAUGAAGGAAAUAAUCGCAUUCAUUAUACUGUAAAUGAUUAGGUCAAAAAGUUGACCUAUUUAGGAAACAACAAAAACAAAAAACGGGCUCCUUUUUAAUAGAACAGAAUUUACUCUAUGAAAAGAAAAAAAGACCGCUUUCCCAUAUUUUUCUCUUUCGAUCGGUUUGAUCAAUCUAUCACUUGCAAGCACGUUUUAAAGAAAAACAAAAACAAAAAAACUUUGGUAUUGCUCAUGAAUCGAAUACAUGGAGAAAAAGUAAAAAAACAAACAAAAAAAAAACAAAACUUUAUGAUCACAUCAGAUGUGAGGAAUGACUACAAUGUUCCUGGGCCAUAUUAUAAGUCAACUGUGGGGGUUCCGUUGGGACUUUAGGGUUCUGAGAAUGAGAGCGAGGUGCCAUAAAGCAACGUUGUUCGCAACAAUUUAUCCAACACUAAAAGAGUCGGAAAAACAGGGCAUACUUUAUUUCUCUGUUUUCAUUGGAUAGAUAGCUUUGGAAUUUGCUACAUAAUGGAAGAUUCUCCUAUACUUCAUUGGGGGAAGUACAAUUAGUUUUUUUAUUUUAAUGUAGGUUUUAUAUCAUUUUGAGUGAAAGUUUUCUUUAGCCGUUUUUGUUUUGUUUUGUUUCUAGAUUAUAAGUAAGAAAACGUUCUAUAAAAUUCUUCAUUCUAUCUGGUUUGGUGGGCUAUGCCUAAUGAAACCUAACUAGUCUUGUUUGGAAAAUUCUAAAAAAAUUUGUCCAGAUAAUCUCCUAAUGAUUUACAUGUACUUGAAGGCGGAUGGUGAUUUUGAAACAUUAAUGUCAUGUUAAGUUUUUAUGUGCACUAACUUCUAAGAAAUUUACUUUUUUUUAAUUAUAUAUAUUUUUUUGUUUUUACUCACAAGUAGUCUUAUUUACUGAAGAGGUCAAAAUGGUGACCGUGGAGAAAAAGUGGUAGCCACUGUUUUGUUUGGGAAUGCCUGUGAAUGUGAAUAUAACCCAAUGUGGGUUAGGUUUCCUUUCCUUUUUAAUGCAGAUUAUGUAUUUACCAGUACCUCCAGUCCUCAAAAGGUUUUAAUUCAUUUUAGACUUUGGAAUUGGAGUUAAACUUGAGCACAUAGGACUCUAGAGUUGAUAUUGGGAUUUCAGCCUUCUGGGACUCAACCUGUGACGUUGGGUUUAUAGAUCUCUUCUCAUUAGAUGGGUGUCCUACAUCUUCUCUUGUUGGUGGUGAGAAUGUAUCUCCUCCUAGAGGUGAGACUUCUAGAUAUCUAUCUUUGGAUAGGUAAAGUCCAGAUCUCCUUUUGGAAUGUAUAAAUUCGAGAUCCACUCUUAGGAAUGUGUACUUUCUAUCUCCCCUUCGUAUCUGGGAAUUAUUUCUUAUCUCGAGAUAUUUACACUCUUGCCCAUGAGGUUUGUUUUCCAACAUCGUAUUUGUAAGUGUUUGUGAUGUGUUUAACCAAACAUUCAUAUUUCGGUUAAAAACCUGUAAUAUCACAUUCUGUUUAUAAAAGACCCAGAGCUUUUCAUUUUUUGAGGGCUAUGAUUGUUUUCCUCUUUUACAAAAUCAUGAGAUUUACUUCCUAAGUAAGCAGCUGACAAUCGCAUUGCAAAAUUUAGACCACAGCAGGAAAGUUGGACAAAGUCUACAAUGCAGUUAUUACGGCCAAGAUGCACAAUUUAGUGAAUAAAACCCUACCCAUUUAAGGCUAUAUUACUUUAAAAUAAUAUUUUUCUUCAAAUGUUCUAAAUGUCCCAACGCAUUUCAUUUACACUCCUCUUCUUCAUAUGAUCACACAAUCAUUCUUUCUAUACAUCCCUUUUACAAAAGCAAGCAGUAGACCCAUGCAUACAUUAACGGAUCUCUGUCUUGACCUGUAAAUCUUUUAUUCUCAAACUUAAAAACAGUAAAGCAUUGCUCCUCCCACAUCUGUUUCUAAAUCAAAUUGCAGGACUUCCCAUCAUCCUCAAAGCACUUCAGACAAGAAAGCCAUCAUACUUUGUGUUCCACAGCUAGCUCCAAGGGUGUCCUAAAGGGGAGCACAGGAUGUAGUAGACUUUUGCUUCGUCUGUGAACAUGGAUUUACUCUGAAUUUUAGGUGACUUACUAAUGGGAAUUUAAUCAACUAAAUCGUAAUUUAGAACAAGAACAAUGUAUCUUAUUUACACAGACUUAUUAAACACAUUUAUUGUAGUUCAAAGACACAUUACUGGGAGUAUUAUUGCUGUGGAGCUCUGUUAUACACUCAGACACAUUACUGGGAGUAUUAUUGCUGUGGAGCUCUGUUAUACACUCAGACACACCAACAAUACGGAGCUCCUAGAAAAGAGGGACAUUAGGAUAGAAAAGAAGGACAGAGGGGUUUGAAAAGUAUUCAUUAUAUAAAUAUUCUAGACAGAACCGAUCACCUGUAUUAGCCACAUAGAAGUUGUCAGCAUAAAAUUAACAGCCAAUUAUCCUAAAUCUGUAAUUUAACAUAGAGGAUUGCUUAAUUGUUCAUGUCGCCAAAAAAAGCAAAUGUUUUGAUGCCAAAAUCCUUACUAUGGAUACAUCUAAAAAGUUCCUAACUGUGUGUGUGGUAAUAUAGAUCUUGGUGUAUAAUCGUUAACAUCUAAGAACACUACGCAAAGAUUAUUCAUUUUACUGACACAUUGAAUAAUUUGUUUUCUUUUUCUACAAUAAGGGACCAAAAAAUAAAUAUUGUUUUACAGUGGUUAAGUUGGCAAGAGGCUUUGUGGCCUCCCAAUUAAUGAUAAAGUAGACAGGAUUUACUAGAGCAAGCCAUUUAAAUCUUAUAAACUGAUAAAGUAAGUAAAGUGUUUUUGUUUGCGUUUAAUUUUCACAUAAAGAUUACCCACCAUUAUUGCGCUAUAGUGGUUCUAGGGGCCAACCCAGGUAAGAACUCAAACCAUUCUGAAACGGUUUGGUUCCUUACAAUAGGAGGCGCUAGAGCUCUCCUGGCAACAUAAGGUCAUAGUGCUUGGAGUGUUCAUUUACACUGUGCGAAAGGAACCUAUGAGAGACUUAUAGAUCAUAGAUCUAUGAUACAGAUGGCAAUUGAAAUAUGUAUUGUCUCCAUAUACUCACACAUAGACCCAAUGAGAACGGAUUUACCAAACAAGUUCUAUUAUCGGAAGCAGAACUACAUACACGAACACACGACCGCAGAUGUUUAGGAAGAAUUUAGUGACACCAAUGAUCACCGUGUAAUUUUGUUGAUGUGUCAUGUCUAAAACAAAGGACUAAUAUAUAAAUAUAUACAUAGAUCAAUGCCUCACACUUUUUUUUUUUUUAAACCCAUAACUUAUCCUGAUUAUUAUUAUUAUUUUUUUUUAUCAGCCAUGUUAUCUCCAUGUAGAAAUUUGCACAAGACAGAAGGACCAAUUUAUGACAUCCAACAAUACUAGCUGUCAGAUGUUUAUUUUACUGUCUUAUGCAAAAUACGUUGGGUAAGAGCUGUAAUCCAACUGAUUAAAACUACUCUUUGUAGGACUAGUGGCAAGGAUUUCCAAGCAUUAACUAUUCAAUUCUGUUUUGGUUACCGUAGCAGCAGAGGGCACGUAUAUUAGGCACAACUUAACAGUAGUUGACAUGAGACUAAACAAUUUAAGGAAAACAUAUAUCCUUAUACUGUCUACCUUGAAAGAAGUACGAUUCCUGCAGUGCAGGUCUUAUUGUGUACUUUAAAUAGCAAAAUGAUUGAGCCAAAGGGUUAUUAAUCAGCAAAAUCUAAACAACAAACGUAGGGUGAUUGUGUUCCCAUGUUUAAGAGGGGGACACCUAUAAAUAAAAUAAAACAGGUAUACAGGUUAUGCAUCCUUGAACUCAUUUUUCCAGAGCCACCUCCUUUUAAUGGUAACAUCUAUUUACCCUAGACAAAAGAGCACUUAAUGUGUGUGUGUGUAUAUCAGUUUGGUAUAUGCAUUUUUUGUUUGUUUUUUUAAUUGUGUGUUCGGAUUUUGUUUAUUGGUCAUAGUCUGUGAAAAAGGGGAUUUCCACAGGAUGGCGUUGAAUGAAACGACGGGGGGGCGGGUUGAUAUGGCUGGCGAAAUGCGCUGGCAACACCAAUGCUGUAUUUGCAUGUUCUAUCGUAAAUUGAUACUGUUAUUACUUAAAUGGUUUUGACCAUUUUUGGGCCAAUGUAUGUAUUGCACAGACUGUGUUAAAAUAUCUCUAUAUAUACAUAUAUAUUAAUAUAUAGAAAGAGCAUAGUGAGUCUGCUUUUGAGGAUUUAAACACAAGACAGGCAUAUUGCACAACGAAGAUGAUUAUAUAUCUAUUUUUUUUAUUUAGCGCAUUUCUCCUUGUACAUAAUUGUUUGUUUGUUUAGGAAGGCAAGAACUAUAGGGGUUUAAAAAAAACAAAACAUUUUUUACAAAAAUGUGAAUGGAAUAGGACUAGCUAUUGUCAGAAAUGAAAGUAUUUUGCACUAAUGUUUUCUGUGUGACGGAUUGGUAAUGCUUGAAGAAAUAAAGUUGUAUGGGUGAUUGUUUUGUAACUUUGACAGCUGAAAUAAAAAGGUAAUGAAUGUAUGAUAAUUUGGGGGCAAUCUUUGGCUUGUACAGGCUUUCCUGAGUGCCUUAGAAAGGUUAAGUAAAGAAUGCUUGGACAGUUAUUAGCCUUUUGCGUGCUGGCGGUGUCCCCAACGCAUUUCUUUGAGCACACCCCUCAUCUGGCAAAGGGUUAAAUCCACGUAUUUCUUUGCCGUUGGGCCUUUAAAUUGUAAUUCUUCCUACUAUAAAGGGAUUUGGUAAAAGGUGGGUUUUUUUUUUUUAAUUUUUUUAUUAAGUCCCAUCUGUUUACAGCACUUUUUUUAGCAUUCACACAAAGGCGCACAAAUAAUUGUGACUAAGGUCCGGCCAAAAUGUUGUUUUGAUUUUAUUGCACCUUUUACUUCUGCUAGACUGUUGGCAAUGUAAAAUACCUAUGUGAUGUACAAAAAGCACCUUUUUUCGGAAUCUCAUUGCUAAACAUUAUCUGUUGAAGCAGUCACCGAAAUUCCAUCCUUACUGUAGACUUUAAAUUUCCCCUAUGUGUUUUUUGCACCCUAUGGAGUAGUUGAUAGUCUUAUGCUGCAUUGGUAAAAGGACAGCGUGACCUUAAGUUUUACUUGGCUGCGUCUCAUUGUCCUGCUAUUACCGACCGUCUCAGAAAAUUUAUGUUCAUUACGUGGACUCUAGAAAAUUGAUAUAUUUUUAAACCCUGUAGUUAAGACACAGGAAUGUUUAUGCAUCUCCAGGAGAACAGAACAAGAUUAGUAUUGUACUUGUAGGAGUGAAAGACACAGAAUACUGUCAUGAAAGAGAACAGAUGUUCCCUACUCAGAAGUCACAUUGCAGUUGGUAGGCGUAGAUGUUGCUUACAUUUGAGGAAUGGCGAAAAAAGUAUGUCUAUGUUAAACAGGGGUUAAGUUUUAAAAAAAAUGUUCAAGGUUUCGGGGUGUUUACUGCUAGUUCCUUGAGUAUUCUACAGAAAUCGGUUAAGUUACAAUGUCCAUAUCCCUUUGGUAAAAAAAUAUAUAUUGGGGUUUCUGGUUAAUUACCCCACGCCAGUGUGAGCUGCCAUGUUCUACAGAGAGCAGUCGGUACGUCUAACGGUUUGGGUCAUUGGCUGUCUGAUAUAGGUAGCUUACUGACAAUGAAAAGACUGGAGGUAAGAAGAAAAAAACAAUAUAUUUUACACUAAAGGACUCUGGCCAUUAUGUUUUAAAUGAAAAUAUGUGAAAACACAUAAAAUCGUAACUUCUCAUGGUAGCUCCCUUUUAAGGACUGUUUUGAGAAACCGUUGUGCUGGAGACUGUCACAAAUAAUGGUCUGCGCCAAACAUCCAGUCAACGUUUAAGGCAAACUGUUAUAGUAGUAAAUCCUACUGGCGAUAGCAAAGCAAUCUGUAUAAGAAGCACACGGCGCGUUUUGCCUUCACUUCCACUGUGAGAACAUGCCAGUUGGUUGAUAAAGUCACUCCCUCUGCACAUUAUCGAUAUUUUCAAUCAAAUACAAAUCCAACGAGUUUGUACUAGAACUCUAGUAAUACGUCGUUCACGUUUUACGGUUACAUUGCACUGGUGGUUAUAUUUUAUAUAGCGUUUUUAUUGGCACUUAGGGGGAGUUUUACAGAACCAUGUUACAGACUAAGACUCAGAGAAAUUUAGUGUCUUUGGCAAACUUCAAGAAUAAACUUUAUUCCUGAGCUGAUCUUUGGCAAAGCAAGUCUGAGAUUGCACUUUUUAAAGGGACACUCAAAUUACCUUAACCACUACGGUUUUCUGUACAACUAACUGUACUAUCACAUCUUGCACAUAGUGCAACAAGUCUUUGGGCGCAUGUCACAUUGAUUUUGGUCACACCACUUUUGAUUGGUUUUACAAAAACUGCAUCCAAAACCAGGCCCCUCUGCUAGGACUGAGAUAAUGUGAAAUUAAAUUUGUGCAUUAUCCACAAAGAUCUGUAUACAUUUGGACGGCAAUGAGCGUUAGAGGUCGACUAUAGCGCCUCUGUUGGAUAUAACAACUUGUGCAAUGUAACCGUCAUCUGGUUUCUAUGGGAAAGGUAUCAUUGGCUGUUUAUUAUAAAUAUAAAUGUGACUUAUCUUGCAGUCUUUCAUUUCGUGUAGUUUUCUUCAGAACAUUCUUAAAUGUUAAGAGCGUUGGGAUAAUUUUUGUUGAUUUGAUUUUCCUUAAAUCUGGCAAAUGAUUUAGAAAACUUUGCCCCCUGAAUAAAUUUUUAGCAGAUAUUCCUCAGUUGUCUCUCUUUUUGUUUGUUACAAAUUUUAUGGUUUUAAUUAUUUUGUUGUUUAUUCCUUUUUUUAUAUAUUUAGAAAUGUCUUAUCAUUAGUGAUGUCCCGAACUGUUCGCCACGGACUCAUCAUUGAGUAAACUUUGACCCUGUACCUCACAGUCAGUAGACACAUUCCAGCCAAUCAGCAGCAGACCCUCCCUCCCAGACCCUCCCUCCUCCUGGACAGCUCACUAAGAAUGCAGCUUCACAAUGGAUGCUGUCCAGGAGGUGGGAAGGUCUGGGAGGGAGGGUCUGCUGCUGAUUGGCUGGAAUGUGUUUGCUGACGGUGAGGUACAGGGUCAAAGUUUACUCAAUGAUGAGUCCGUGGUCGAACUGUUCGCAAACCGUUCGGCACAUCACUACUUAUCAUUCAUCUCCUUUAUGGAAGCAUGUUUAAAGAUGGCCAAUCUGAUCAUUUGUUUUUCGGAUUUGCUUGCAUCGAUCGUAUGGAUUUAACCCACUGUGUUUCUUUUGUAUCAAAACCUGCCCUAUUCAUCCACACGGCAAGGAUAGUUUAAAGCACUCAAAUGGAAAAGUUCACUGUUUAAUCGGUAUCUUCCAUUUAAAAGCGUUUUGCACAUGGUUAGGAUUUAAUGUCAAAGAAGUGAAAAGAAAGCCAAAAUUUGCAAUACUAUUUUUAGCGAAUGAAAGCGUAUAAAUAUUUUGGACUUGCUAACUUGAAUGCCAUUUGUUUCAAACACAGCAUUAAUCGUUUGGGCCGAAUGUUUAGAGGUCCAAGACAGAUUUUAUGGUUGUUUCAGAGUAUCUGUUUAGCUAUUAAGUAAUACUGUAUUUCAUGAUUGUUAACAGUUUUUAGUUUACUUUUUAUUUGUCAAGCCGACUUCACAGAACCGUCUCUGAGUUAUCACCCAGCCUUAUUCUUUGUUUUCUUUUGUUUUUUUUCUGCGUUUUAUCCACUGGUGUAUUUCUGUGCUGUUACUAUGUAUAGUUAAAGACUGUUAUUUUGUAACUAUGGCUUUGCUAAUAUAUUGGUAAUGGAAAUAAAAUAAUAUAAAAAAAAUAUAUAUAAACACAAAAAACCCAGACAUUUCAACAAAUGCUCAUAGCUGUUUUCAUAUCAUAGGGGAGGGGGCGAGGAGAAAGUCCUCCAUCAAAUGAUGUGAUCCUUUAACUGUUAAGAUGCUUUGUAAAAUUCACAUUUACAAAAUAAUAAAGUAAAU